CCGCCCGCCUCAGUCCAUCGCCAACUGCCGCCCCGACAUUCCCGAACGUCGCGACCGAACGCGCGCUACCCGACGAAUCCGCUCGCAGUCGCCAUCGACACACCGCUCCGUGAAAAUUCAAAAAAAGAACAAAUUCCAAAUUUGGGAACGCGUUCGUGUUUAAAGUGAAAACUUAUUUUUUUUUAUUAUCGUGUCAAAGUGACAGUGUGUGGUGGAUUUUCGAGUUUUUUCCGUGAUACCGCGAUGCCGAUACGUGUGUGACACACAGGGUUGACUUGUCUCAAUCCUCGCGAUGUCACAGCAGCCGCAUGGGAGGGGGCGCGCGCGGGCGCCUUCCCCCUCCUCGCUACACUACCGGCCCCCCUCACCUUGGGCGCCCAGCCCACCUCCCCUAAUCUCCGGCCCGCGCCAUUCCACCGCGCUCGUCUCCCCACCCCCGGUGCAGCCCUCCCCAAAACCUUUCCGUCCCCUUCACUCCCCCCACUUCCGACCUCACUCUCCCUCCCCGAGUUCCCAUUUCUCCAUCUCCCCCUACCCAAUGUCCCCGACCCUGGGUCAGAGUCCCGAGUACUACUACUCGUCCCCCUACGAACCGAUUCGGGAAUAUGACUACGCGGGCCCGGAGCCACCGCCACCACCGCGUCCUAUGAUCUUCGAGGAGGAGGAGGAAGAUCGCGGUCCUUCCACCGCGGAGAUCAUCGCCAACCAGUCGCAGGAGGGCUACGUGGAUGAGAAGCUCGCGGAGUACCAGGCCACCAUACAACUCCUACAAGAUGAGCAAGAAAGAGUGCAGAAAAAGACUUUCGUUAACUGGAUCAAUUCACAUUUGUCAAAGCGCAUUCCACCGCUUCGUAUCGACGAUCUGAUAUACGACCUGCGCGAUGGCACCAAACUGCUGGCGCUGCUUGAGGUGCUCUCCGGGGAGAAGCUGCCGAUGGAGCGUGGCCGCGUCCUCCGGCGCCCGCACUUCCUGUCCAACGCGAACACGGCGCUGCGUUUCCUCGCCGGCAAACGCAUCAAGCUGGUCAACAUCAACGCUGCAGACUUAGUGGACGGCAGACCGGCCGUCGUCCUAGGACUUAUCUGGACUAUCAUACUGUACUUCCAGAUCGAAGAGAAUAGUCGAGCGCUGGAAUACCUGGGUGGGUCUCGCUGCGCGUCCGUACUGUCUCAAGAGUCGGGCGCCGCCACACCCACACACCGCGCCGAGGACCGGUGGAAGCAGGGGGCCAAGAAGACGCUGCUGCAGUGGGUCGCUAACGCACUGCCUAAAGACUCGAACAUCCAAGUGACAGACUUUGGUCCGUCGUGGCGCGAUGGUAUCGCUUUCCUCGCGAUCAUUGACGCCAUCAAGGCGAAUCUAAUCAACUUGGCUGAGAUGAAGAGGAAGACCAACAGACAGCGGCUGGAGCACGCCUUCGACGUGGCCGAGAACGAGCUGGGCAUCGCUCGCCUCCUCGACGCCGAAGACGUAGAUGUGGACAAACCCGACGAGAGAUCGAUCAUGACCUACGUUGCUCAGUUCUUACACAAAUAUCCGGAACCCAAGACGACAGGACCGGAUGCCGUCGCGGCGGUCCAGGAGGAGUACGAAUCCCUGAGGAUGUGGUUGACGGAGCGCGUUACUGUUGUCCAAAGACAAUACGACACGCGGACUUUAUCGCGGAACUACGAGGACUACGUCCGUGCCGAAAACGAUAGGCUCGCCAGAGAGCCAAUAUAUCAGAAACUCGAGAAGCUCAUGUAUACACAGAGCCUUGUGGCGAUAGCACCCAAAUCAUGGCGCGAGCUCGUCUCUCUCUGGAUCGAGCUGGAGAGACUUCACAGAAGAUGGCUUUGGCUCUUAGACUCGGACCUGCCCGGGGAUUUCAGGGUUGUCGGCGAGUGGUUGGCUAGAGCCGAAUACCUUUUAUAUUUCGACGAAAUCCCCAAUAGCUUGGAUGAACGAACGGCGGCUCUAAUUAGCGAGAAGUUAGAGGAGCAUACGUCAUUCUUUGCCGAGCUCCCUGACGUUGCGGCCAGGUUCGAAGCGGCGUUGAGGUCUCCGGACGCGGCUAGAAUCCCGGCCGAAAGGCUUCACGAUAUGAAGGAGCGUCUUGAGACUGUCAGUCGCAGAGCUCCCCAGAGGAAAGCAAGGUUAAAAUAUUUAGAACACAAAUGUUGUAUUGUAGCUUUCACAGAACUUACAAAAGCAAAGUUAGCAACUUGGACUGCAAAAUGCGGUAAAGUUGAACACGUCCGUGCCUUAUUAGAUGACUAUGAUAAUUUCGUAACUAAAAACAAGAUUUUCCAAGAAUUUGACAAAGCCUACGUUGACAUCAAACAAGUAGCAGAGGAAUACAAGAGAGUGUGUGAAGUAGAUAGAACUGAAGCGAGAGAAAUCGAUGCAUUCUUGAGAGAAAUUUCGGAGACUUGGAGAAGAGUCGCCUCCGACGUGAGGUGUGCACGAAGCGUGCUCGAAGAGGUAAUCGCUCACUGGGAGAGAUGGACUGUACUUGUGGAACAGUUUACUACUUGGUUAGACAAAGCUCAACAUAUGUUAAGAGUAUCCGAAGACGAGGGUUUGGAAUUCUUCCAUGAUCUAACGGUUUGGAAAGAGAAACACCAGCUUUUAGGCGAGACUGCUGGAUUUUUGGCUGCGACAUGUACCGAAGAAAUAAGUUCAGAAGUCAAGAGAAAAUACGUGGAGAUAACAGAAAGAUGGGAACGCGUUUGGGAUGAGGCCGAACGGUACGUCCGUGGUGGAGACGCUCUCCGGCACCGCCGUGAGCUAGCGUCCGGCAUUCAGAAGUUGGACAACUGGCUAGCCAGCGCCGACAACCUGCUGUCCCGCCAGCCGCGCGCCAACACCACAGAGAUACAAACCUAUAUCGACAAGCUGAUUCAGCUCAACUCUGAAAUUGAACAUCACGAAGAGUUAUUCAAAACUAUUAGCAGGACCUUCCAAAACGCGAUUGCGGAUCUGCCCCGUGACGAGGUCGAGUCCAACAUGACCAAAUUAAAGCAGCAGAAGGAAGCGCUUGUGAGAGUGCGUGCCACAGUGCCCGUCAAGCUGCACCAGUACAGACAGCUGCUCGUACAGCAUGAGUCGCUGGAGAGCGGCCAGAAAGAGAUCGGACAGUGGCUGGACAAGGCCGACGAGCUGCUGAGGACCACCACAGAGACAAGAAGAGAAGUAAUAGAAGAACGUUACGAGGUGCAUCGCACAUUCUUUUCCCGCACGACCUACUACCGCUCUAUGCUGGAGAGCAAGAACAAGGUGUUCCAGAACAUUGUCCGAGCCGCCGACGUUGACCGCAGCGCAGACGUCACCGACCAAGUGCGGUUAAUGAAGGAUCUAAAUGAUAGAUUUGCGCACAUAUCAUCGGAGGCUACACGCAAAGAAUCAGAACUACAGCGUCUUGUGCGAGCGUGGGAUGAGUUCGAAACAAAGAAACGUGCUGUUGAAGAAUGGGCGUCAACAGCCGAAGCCUUGCUAUCCGACAAGAGAGUUGACUCAAAGCAGGCUGUUGACUUCCACAAGAGAUUUUUCCAGGGUGCCGAUGAGAGAGCUGUGUCGGAGCUCGUUCGUUCUGGGAGGGAGCUAAUUGAGCUGGUGAAUGCAGAGGACAGGCCCCGUGUUGUGCAGACUGUAGAGGAAUUACAGAGACGUUGGAAGGAGUUGUUAGACCGAGCACCCCCACACCUCAUGCGACUUGAGUUCCGUCUGGAUGAGACUGUAUUCCAUCACUGUAUUAAGGAUAUAGAGAAAGAACUUGUUUACGAGGAGCAGGCCUACAACCAAAGUGACGAUGCUGAUGGUAUCCUUAUCAGAAACGAAAUGUACUUCCGUAACCAGGGGAAGGUAAUGCAAGUGGAACAAUGCCUUCAGAAUCUCAAGAAGAUAUCAACGAGUUACACACAACAAACAGGAGACAGUACGUUAGAUGAGGAGGUACGCAAGUGUGAGCAACAAUGGGAAUCAACGGUCCACCGAGUAGAACAUUUCAGACAACAGUUGCAAAGGAUUCCUGCAAAAUGGGAUGCAUAUAGAGAGAAAUUCCAAGAGAUGGAAAAGUGGAUGGACCAUGUUGACAAGACAAUGGACAGUAUUGUCAGAGAAGUGGACUCUGCGGAAGCAUUUGAAAGAGAGAAGACUAUAUUCCAGAACAUCUGCCGUGAAGCUGAUAGGAAACGAGAGGACAUGAAAUGGUUAGUGCAAACAUUAGAUAUGCUCACACACCACUGCUCCGAGAUGGAGGCCCAGGAUGAACAGAUCAAACUAGAAAAUCUUAUACAGAGAUACAAAAAUCUAAUACCAACAAUUGAAAUAACUAUGAUAAAGACAGAAACGUAUACAAGAUGUUAUACAUACAGACGUGAAGUCCAUGAAGUUAUCUGUAUAUUGGAAAGUGCUCAGAAGCAGGCCAUGGUUGAACCCGAGCCUCAAUCACUGCAACAAGUGGAGCAGCUGGUGCUCGAGCAACAAGCCGCUGUGCAGAAGUUAGACAGGCAUCGGCCUUCUGUAAUGUCAAUGCUGCAACGCGGUAAAGAACUUAUUAAGGACGCUAACGCUCCAGCAUUUGUAAGAGAAGACGUAAGAAACUUGGAAACCGGCUGGAAUACGGCCUAUGAAACUUCGACAGAUCGCCUUUAUAAGUUACGUGAUACUCAAAAGGUCUGGUCCAAUUAUGAAUACCAGAAAGAAGAGUUGCUAUCAGAUAUCGACAAAAUUGAGAACUAUGUCGCUCAUCCCGGCUUAGAAUUGGGAGUUACAAAUAUUAGCCGUGAACUACAUGAAACUAAAGUUAUCAAUGAAGACAUCGAAAAAGCUAAGAAGGAAAGACUGCCGCAGUUACAACAGGCAUACGCUCAGCUGCAAUCGCUCACAGCCAACAAACCAAAACCUGUUAUAGAAAAAGAUUUGGAAACUAUCGAAAGAAAAUUGGAAAGAGUUCAAGAUGAAGUUCACACGAAAGUCGAGCAUCUGGAGAAAUUUAACGAGGAAUGGGUUAAAAUCGAACGUAAACUGGAACACGUUCGUGAAUGGAUCAAGAAGGAAAGUCCCGCUUUGAUAUCUGAAAUACGUUCGGAUAAUAUUUCCCCAGAGGAGAGAGUCGAAAAGUCUCAAAGCCUACAGAAAGUAAUCGCAGAAAAGUUGAACGUUAUCAAAAAUGUUGCCGAACAGGGAACUAAGUUGGCCGUCGAACAUCGUGUCCAGGACGCUAACAGGCUUAAAGGGGAAGUCGCGCUACUAGAGAAAAUGAUGGCCGACUUACAGCGCUCCACAGAACAUCAGACUAAAGUUGUCGAGCAUGACCUCGCGAGCUGGCAGAAAUAUCAAAAAGGUGUUGCUGAAAUCAAACCAUGGAUUGAGGAGGCAGAGAUUAAAUUGGGUACUGUACCUAAGCCAUCGACGUUGCCCGAAGCUCAGCAACUGCAACAACAAUCAAGGGCUCUAAUCACAGACUGUGAAAAGCAAUUAAUGAAUUUGCAAAUUCUCUCCAGUGUUAGUCAUCAAUUAUCCGGAAAAACUAGUGCCCCUGACGAAGUGGACGCCAUUCACUCUCGCUGGGCUGUCGUUCACGAUCAAGCCGACCAGUGGAACAACAAAUUGGAAAAACUUAUUGUUAAUUGGGAAAACUUUGAACGGGAAGCAGAAAAAAUUGAGAGUUGGAUAGAAAACGGUGAGAAAAUGUUGAGUAGCCGAAACAUAACAGUCGAGUCGCCACAGGUGGAAAAAUUAGACAGAGAAUUAAAUAAACUUAAAUCAUUCGGAAAUGAAAUUUCACAGCAGCAAGCCAAAAUUAUUUCCUUGUCACAGACGUGCGACAACAUUUGCCAUAACAUUCAGCCGGAGGGUGCAACUUUAUUGAAAAAUAAAGUGUCCGACAUUAAGGACCGCACUAAUACGCUCGCCGAGACGGUGCGAAGUAAAAUAAAUGAACUUUCGGAUAAGAUCAUUGUCCGCCAAGAAUUUUUGACUAAACUUCAUAACUUUGACAAUUGGAUCAAUGACUUCAGAAGAAAAACAGAAAGUUUUGAUCAGGUAGACGCUGGUAAAGUUGAACCAUCGCUACAAUCCAUGCACGUCCUGCUCCAGGAACAUGCUGCUAAAGCUCCUGAAUUUGCUGAUAUUUACAACGAAGUUAAAAAUAUGACUCUAACAUCACAUCCUGAUGAAUCUCGUACUUUAAGUGACACAUAUUCGAAUAUAGCGGAGCAUUAUCAACUAAUCGAAUCAAACAUUCAACAAAAUAAAGCCAUAUUGAAGAAGUGGUCCGAUUUGCUAAAUUGGUAUGAAGAUACAAAGCAACAGUUAGGUCACAUUCAGUAUCAAAUUGAGGGACCUAAACUUACACCUGAGAGCUACGAAGUUCUGCGCCAAGAACUUGUCAAUGUUAUAACAAAAGUACCAGAGAUGAAGAGCAAUGUUGUUUUGUUAGACGGACCAUCAAAGGUCAAGGUGACUGAUCAAAAUACAGGCAGAAUAAUUUCGCCAGUAAGUUUGGUAAAAGAAAUCGAGGUUAAAGCAGAGGCUUUGCUUAAUCAAGUCACAUCCAAACGAGACUUGGUACAGAAAGUUGGUGCCAGGUGGGAUAAAUUUAAUUUACAACAUCAAGCAGUAUCAGAAGUUUUACACAAUAUUCAAUCGACUUUAAAUGAAAUGGCUCAAAAACCAGUACCAUUGACAGAAGCUGCCAUUCAAGAUUUAUCAGAGCAGUUGGAUACUCUAGACACGGAGCUUAAAGAAAAACAAUCUGUUAGAAAGGAGCUCCGCGAGGAAGGUUUACAUUUGAUGAGAGAAGAUCAACCUAAUAUGGGAACGAUUCAAAAUUCAUUGUCGGCGGCUGACCAUAACUGGGAUCAAGUAGUUAAUACAGUGCGUGAUACCAAGAAUAGGUACAUUUUAUUGUCAUCAACACUACAAGAAUUAAAGAACUUUACUGUGGCAUUUGAUAGAGAGAUGAGCAGAGCUCAACAACUACACAACGAGUGCAAGGAUGCACCAAACGACUAUGUACAGACCGCUCAAGCUCUGGAUAAAGCAAGAAAAUCUUAUGAAAUACUUAAGCGGUCUAAGGGUUUGUUAGAUCAAAUGGAUGUUAUCAAACAAUCAGUUCUAAAACAAGCGUCCACAUUAGGAGGAUUCGACACUAGUCCUUUGGAAAAUGCAUUCUUGGAGUCCCAAACACAAUGGGAAAAAGAAAAUGAUGCUAUCAUCAAAAGAAUUCAAGACCUGGAAUCUCAACUUCUUGUUUGGCGACAAAUUGACGACACGAAGAAUCAAGUUGUAACCUGGUUAAGUGAAACUGGACAAAAUUUGUCAAAUGCCUGUGAUAAUUUAGAAAUAAGGUUUGGACAAAAUCAUCUCACUAAAUACAAAGAAGAGUUACCGAUAUACACAGGACUUAAGAACAGUAUAAAAGCUAAGUGUGAACAGAUAACUAACCUAAACAAAAAUAUUCCUAUGGGUCAAGUUUCUUCGAUCAUUGAUUACCUCGAUAACGAAUUCGAAGCUUUGCAGACGCUAGCUACUAAUUUAGAAAGCGCAGUGUCGUCCUUAGAAUCUAAAGAAAACAAAUUAAAGGAGAAGAUAAAACGCUUGUCUGAUAAUAUAAGCAAAAUUCGGGAUGAUAUUAUUAAAUGCGACGACAUGUCUGGUGAUAAUUCCAAGAUUUUAGAUCGCUUAAAGAAAUGCCAAGCUUGUAAAGUUGAAUUACAAAAUCUAAGCGAAGAAAUCGAUAACCUCUCUCAAAACGUCUCUGAAAUGAAUGCUAAUUAUCCAGGCUUUUACGAAUCAUUGGUGCCUAAAGAACUAAGCACCUUACAAAAGAGAUUUGAAAGCGUUUUAGUUCAUGCCAAUAAAACCGAAAUAACUCUUCUGACAUUCCUGCAAAAACUUUUUACUGAUAAACUCAGUAUGUUUAAUAGGAAUUUGAAGAUUUUAGACGAUAAAACAAGAUGGUGCGUUCCUGAUGUCUCAAGUGACAAAUACAACCUAGAAGUUAAAGCCGCCGCUCUCGCUGAUGUUGAAAGUGGGAUUGCCGAUUGCAAGCAGAAAAUUACGGAAUUAAAGGAAGCCUGUGAAAUAUUACGCGUCGUGGCGGAACCGGCAACAGCACAAGAAGCAGCAAUUCAAACAGAAAAAGCUCAGAAGAAUCUGGAUGUAUUGACCUCCAAUUGCGAAGAAAUUAAAAAUAGUCUACAGGAGAAUAUUGGAGCAUGGCAAGAAUAUGAAGUAUUAUUAGAAAAUGUCUCGGAAUGGUUAAAAGAAAAAGAAAAUUUAGUAAGACAAGAGGCUGCGAAUCUACUAGAUGCUAACCUUAUACAGAACAAGAUAACUGAAAUUGAAAAACUUAAUAACGAUGUGCAGAAAUAUGGAGAUGAAGUAAAUAAACUAACUGAAAUCGGAGAUAAGAUAUUAUCUCGUAAUCCUGAAUCUCGAGUGUCUCAAAAUAUUAACCACUUAGCAAGCAGAUACCAGGCUGUCAGCAAGUUUAUGGAUAAUCAUUUGAAUAGACUUAAAGAACUCAAAAACAAUAAGGAGAAAUACGACAAGUCAAUUGUGGAAUUUAAGAAUUGGCUUUCUGAUGCCAACGCGAGGAUAGCAGAUUUAGCAGCUAUGAGUAAACAUGCGAAACCAUCAGCAGCUGAUUUAGCACAAGUUAAAAGAUUGAGUGAAAACAAAGAUUUGGGCCAAAAAUUGCUUAAUAAUGCUAUCGAAUCAGGGGAGGCCUUAUUCAGUGGAAUCAAUCCUGAAGGUCGAGAACAAAUUCGUAACGAACUAAGAGCAUUAAGAGAUUACUUUGAAAAUUCAGUGGAUUCAUUGAAUAACGUGAUUAAAGAUAUAGAAACAACUAUAAACAAACGAUCAUCCUUUGACGAUACUUUUAAUCAAGUACAGAAAUGGAUUAGUGAUAAAGAAAAUGAAUUAGGUGAUUUCAAGUUAUGUGCUACAUUGCCUGAAAAGAAGGCGCAACUCCAUGCCAAUAAAAUUUUACAUCAAGAAGUAGAGCUUCAUGAAUCAAUGCUUACUCAGCUUACGGAAAAAAUCAAGUUAAUGCCAGACGAAGAAGCAGAAAAAAGUCUGUCUAAAACUAUUGAACGAUACAGAGAAAUGACGAAUGAGCUUGCAAAGAGAAUAGCUACAUGUGAGCGUCAUGUUGCUGAUCAUGAAAAAUAUGUCCAAAUGUUCGAAGAUUCUCGUGAUCGUCUCAACCACAUCGUUGCAGAAAAUAGCAUGCUUACAUACAGUGUGGUAACCCAAAAAGAUGAUGUUGACUCUAAGAUUUCAGCGAUAGAAAAAGUCACAUCGCAAGGACCAAACAUUCAAAACAUUCUAGACGAACUAAAAUCACAGCUACAUAUAGUCUUGGAAAAUACGAGUCCAAAUGGUCAUCCCGUGCUUAUAAGUGAAUAUGAACAAUUAAAAGCCACUUGGACUCAAUUCGCUACACAAUGUGAAGAACAAGACAAGAAACUCAAAGAAAUGUUGAAACAAUGGAACGAGAGCCAAAAAACAUUAGAUGAACUUGAAGAAUGGCUCAAAGUAAAAGAAAACCAAUUAAGAGAUCAAAGUCUUAAAAAUAAUCUCGAGGCUAAAAUAGGUCAUUUGCGAAAAGUGAAAGAAAUACGAAAUGAGUUGGCCUCGAGAAGUGGGGACUUUACAGAUUUAACCAGCAAUAAACAAAAUGUUACCAGUGAGUCAGACCUCACAAAUAAGACAUCUAAAUUAGCUACUCGAUACCAUACAUUAAAUAAUCUUGUGAACGAAAUUAUUUCCAAAUAUGAAGUAUUUGUAGCUGAACAUACUGCGUUUGAGAAAGAUUUUAACGACAUGGAAAGCUGGUUAAUGAAUAUGCUCGGAGAACUUCAAGAUUUGAAUGAAAUAGUAGGAGAUUAUGCUGUCUUACAAGAAAAACAAAACAAAGCUAAAGAGCUUUAUGAAACUAGAAAUAAGAAGACUCCUGCAUUUGAAGAAUUCCUUAGUUUGGGUGAAAAGUUAUACGCACACACAAGUCCCGAUGGCAGGGAAGUGAUCCGCCAAAAAAUUAGAAAGAUACGGACUCUCUGGGACACAUUCGGUGACAAUUUCCAAGAAACAGUUAACAAACUUGACCAAUGUCUCUUACAAUUCUCUGACUUUUCAUUAGCUCAAGAGCAGUUGACUAAGUGGCUGAAGGACGUUGAAAGAGCAAUGCAGCGUCAUACUGAAUUAAAAGCUUCCUUAGAAGAAAAGAAAGCUCAACUACAGAAUCAUAAAUUAAUGCACCAGGAGAUUAUGACUCAUCAGCAGCUUGUCGAAUCUGUUUGUGAUAAAGCCCAACAGCUGGUUGAUCAAACACAUGAUGCAUCUUUAAAUGUAUAUUUGCAAUCAAUCAAACAACUAUUCCAGAAUAUUGUAACCAAAUCGCAAAACUUACAGGAUAAUUUAGAAGAUUGUGUGAAACGCCAUGAAGAUCUUGUACGCCUUAUUCAACAGUUUAAAGAGUGGUUAAGUUCGCAAUCAGAAAAAGUACUUGAUUGUGAAAAUGCUGCCGGAGAAAAACCCGAGAUCAUCAGAAAAUUACAGGCUGUUACAGCUCUCAAGGACAUUGAAAAGGUCGGAUCUCAUAAAUUAGACGAAAUUCGAAGCAUAUUUACAUCUGUUAGUAAGAGUACAUCGGGAGCUGGAAAUGCCGCGAUUAAAUCAGAAAUCGAUAACUUACACGACCAACUUCGUAAAGCUAUUGAUAGUAUAGGAUCUUCAGAACAAAAACUGAAACACACUUUGGAUAUUUGGAACAAAUUUGAUUCCUCCAUCGAAGCUAUUACUGAAUGGUUAAAAGACAUGGAAACGAAAUGUCGCGACCAAGCACUCUGCUCAACGCUAAAAGAAAAGGAGACACAGUUACAAAGAUACGUUGAUCUUCGUAAUGGUAUUCACGCUAAGGAAAAAGAAAUUGAUUCCUUUGUAGACGAGUCACAUAAUCUCAUUCAAGUAAGUGGUGUAGAGAGGCUUAAGCCUCUUGUGACACAAGUAAGUAGCCGAUAUCAACAGUUACACGUAAUUUCAAAGGAAAUUGUAAAUCAUUGGUCUGAAGUGGUAAACGACCAUAAGAAAUAUAUUCAGCUACGUAACGAAUUUGACGCUUGGCUAAAACCUUUGGAGGAACAACUCUCACAAAUGACUACAAAAGAAGAUAAACUGAGUAUUGAAAGCAAAGGAAGCAAGUUACAAGUGUUUUUGCUUGAACGAGAUAACGGUGAACAUAAAAUUGGAAUUUUGACCACAGCAGGUGACAAAGUUUUACCCGAAACUGCUGCAAACGGCAGGGAAGUUGUUAGAUCCGAAAUCCGGGACUUGAGAGAACGAUGGGAUAGACUAAAUGACAGCAUAUUGCAACAACAAAAAGAAUAUGAAUCUCAAACAUUACAAUGGUCUAGUUAUCAAGAAGUAUUACAACAGACAUUAUCUUGGUUAGAUGAAAAAGAAAAGUUAGUUGAAAGCGAAGAGAAAGCUGUAUUGAACUCGGCGCAAGAAAUCAAAUCGAAACUCCUUAAAAAUAAAACAUUAUUACAAGAAAUUUACUCCCACAAACGAGUUAUUGAAACUGUUACUGAAAAAGCUAAAAGUGUAGCUUCUUCGUUGCAUUCUGGCAAAGAACAGAGUGACGAGAUGACGUCAAUUAUUCAAUCGGUUUGGGACAGAUAUAAUACGUUGACUAAUAGGUUGUCAGCAGUUAUUGACAAGCAUGAAAGUACAUACGAAAUCUACCAACAAUUCGCGGACCAACAGAAAUCGUUACAAGACUACCAAAAACACCUCUGGGAUCGCUUACACCUCUUAUCCGACUUUACUGGAACUAAGGCUGCACUACAGGGCAAGUUAGCUAAACUUCAAGAAUUACUAGAUGCUAUUCCAAACGGCAGCAACAAGUUGAAAAUUUUGUCAGAUCUUAUAGAAAGUAACAAUGAGAAAUUAUCGCCCAGGGGUAGAGAUGCUAUGUCCCGUGAAUUAAGUCUUCUCAGAGCUGAUCUUGAAAAGUUUACUACGACCGUUCACGACGUAAAGCGUGGUAUUGAAGACAAAAUACAACAAUGGAUCGAAUUCGAUAGCGCAAACGACCGUCUUCAACAUUGGCUAAGUGAUACUGAAAUGAGCCUGAAAACCUAUACACCCAAAGCUACUUUGGAGGAGAAGGUUGAUCAACUUAAUAAAUAUCAGGAUUUAUGUAAAGCAAUUGAUUAUCACGAGAACGAUUUGAAUGUUGUCAUACGUUUGGGUGAAGCCUUGGACCAAGCAAUUUUAGCUAACCUUAAAAAGACAGAAAAUGACGUUGAUAAAUUAACUGAUGAGUUCAGUGAUCUUAUUGAAAAUUGUAAUGACACCAGAAUUACAAUGAAUCUACAACAAAUGACCUCGCGUUUCCAAUCUGUGCAUUCCACAGCUAAAGAGCUCGUCAAGAAAUGCCAGCAGGCUGUCAAUGAUCACGCUGCAUACCAAGACAAGUAUAACCAAUGUACCGAUUGGAUUAAGACCGCUCAACUGAAGUUCGAGGAGUGCCAGAAGAACUUGUCAAAUACUCCUGAUGGAAUCAACGCGAAACGAGAAAGUCUAAAUGAGUUACUAAGCCAACAACGUAACGCGACACUUUUGGUAAACAAUACAGUUGAGCUCGGAGAAAAGUUAUAUCCUUCGACGUCACCUGAAGGAAAAGAGUUAGUAGAACAACAAUUACAAGACAUCCAACAAGCAGUAGACAACCUAUUCGAUAGUAUUAGUAAGGCCGAAAGAAACUUGGAUUCCGAACUCAGCAAGUGGUCAUCGUUUGAAGACAAUUUGAAAACAGUUCAGCAAUGGCUUACUCUCGCUGAAAAGAAUCUUCCUAAAGACAUAGAAUUAAAGGCAACAUUGGAUGAAAAACGUAAUCAAUUGAAUGUCUAUAGAAAUUACUUGCAAGACGCAAUUGCCCACCAACAAGACAUUACUGAUUUAGAAAGUCGAGCUCAAAACUUGCCAGAUGUCACAAAAGAUAUUUCAAAAGAAAUCAAUCAACUUAAACAAAGACAUGAAGCUAUAUUAGCAAGAGCGAAAUCCUUCGUUGAACAAUACGAAGCUAUUGUUAAUAACCACCAACAAUAUACUAAAGCGGUCAUGGAUCUUCAGGAAUGGGUAGAAGCAACGCACAAUACUGCUCAAUUAUGGGGAGACGUGAACUUAGAAAGGGUGGCUUUAAGCAGUAACUGUGAAAAGUUAAAAUCAUUACAAAUUAAUUUACCGGAAGAAAAGAAUCGUAUUGAUAAGAUACGCUCUUUAGGAGAGAAUGUUUUGCCUGGCACUAUAAGCAGUGGACAAGCUAACAUCAGAAAUCAAAUUGAUGCUUCUCAUCAAGAAUGGGAGGGAUUGGUUUCCUUCAUCAAUAAAACAAUUGAAGGUUUAGAAAACAAGAUUCAGCAAUGGAAUGAAUAUGAAAAUAUGAAGGAUCAAUGUUUAGCUUGGAUAAGAAAUACGGAUAAUCAAAUACAUGCAGUCGAUCUCAAAGCAACAUUAGCAGAAAAACAAGACCAAUAUAAACAAUUCUUGGAACUGCAAGGAGAGGUCCGUGCAAAAGAACUUGAAAUUGAUAAUAUUACAGAAAAAGCACAGCAUCUUUAUACGGGAAUGCUAGGUCCGCGAGGAUCGCAAAUAUCUGACCUUACUGUAAAAUACCAAACAUUAUCUCAAAAAGUGAAAGAUUUAACCAACAGAUGGCAGCAAUAUGUAAAGACACAUCAAGAAUUUACUAGCAAUGUUGCAGAGUGUUCUCAAUGGAUUGAAGAGUUCAGAGAUAAAUUAGAUUUCUGUGCAGAUUUAAGUUCGGCUACACAAGAUGACUUGGAAACAAAACUAGUCCUUAUACAAAAUCUAUUGUUAUCGAAAGAUGAAGGAUUUACUAAGGUGCAAUCAUUGGUAGAGCUAGCACAAAACGUAAUGGCUAAUACCGCACCUCCUGGCCACGAAGAAAUAAAUAAUGCUUUGGUUACGCUACAGGAACAGUGGUCAGCGCUAUUGUCUAGAAUGAUAGAGACUAAAAAUAUAUUGAAUGACUCUGUUACAAAAUGGGCUGGAUUCUUAGAGCAAAUUCAGUUUGUUGAUAAGAGUAAUGCUUGGCUUGAAAGUAUGUUGGCAGAGUUAACGCCAUUCGAAAGUUCAAUGUCAGAUAAACGAGCUCAACUUGAGAAACUUAAGGAAGUCGAGGAAAAAGCAAGAUGCGAUCGCUUAGACGUUGAUACAAUGAAGGCUAAGGCUGCUGAAAUGAUCGCGAGCGGUCAACAAAAUCAAACUGCUACGAGGGCUCAAGAGGCUCUUAACAAGUUUGAUUCUCUUUAUGAUAAAAUCAAAAAACUACUUUCAGACCGUGAGGAACAGUACAAAGACCAUCGUUUGUACAAAGAGGCGCACGAUGAACUUAUUCAGUGGUUGGGUAGAGCUAGAGAAAAAGUUCCAUCCUUAAAAUCAAAACCUUUGAGUGAUAAAUUAGCAAUCGAGAAUGCCGUAACUCCGUUAGAUGCAUUAAUAAAUAAGCAAGCUCAAGGAGAACUAUUAUUAGAACACUUGCAACAUACUGGUGAAGUAGUCUUAGCUAGUACAUCACCUGAAGGACAGACAGUAAUUAAGAACGAAAUGAAAGCUCUUAAAGAAAGCUUCGAUGACCUCUUCAAUGAAAUCAAGCAACAAAAGACUCAAUUGGAAAAUACUAUUAGUCAGUGGCGAGAGUAUAAAGAUGAGUACGAAAGGCUUUCCGACUGGUUGCAACAAAAGGAAAUUCUUAUUAAAAAUCAUAAAGUAGCUCUACUUGGAACGGCUAAGGAAAAAGGAGGUCAAGUCAAUGAAGUUAAAGAAAUUGUUGAUCAGCUGCAUAAAGGCAAGGUUGAUAUUGAAAAAUUCAAUUCGUCAGCAGCCGGCCUCCUAUCUUCACAUCUUGACACGUACGUUAAUAAUCAGUUACGUCAUCUUAAUUCAAGAUAUCAAGUUCUUAUCAACAUGGCUAAUGAUGUUCUGAAAAAAGUAGAAACUAAUUAUGAACAGCACCAAACAUAUGACGAUAACUAUGUCAAGACAAAGAAAUGGAUCGACGACGCUUGGGAGAUCACACGUAGCGGUAGUGAAGCUGGAAGCAAUAGUAGCAAAGAGGCCUUACAAAAACGCUUGGAACAAAUCGAAGAUCUUUUGAAGCGUCGCGAGGAAGGCCAGAAUCUCGUUCACGCUACUAUCAAUAGCGGAGAAAAAGUUUUAAGAAAUACUCGAUCAGACGGUAAAGAUAAAAUAAACACGGAACUUAAAGAAUUACAAAGCGAGUGGGACCGUCUGGUGAAGAAAAUGACAACAGCGAAGGUUCAUCUUGAGACUGCGUUGCUACAAUGGGCAGAUUAUAGCUCUAGUUAUUCUCAGUUGCAGCAGUGGAUCACGGACAGAGAGGCAAAACUACAAGAAGUAUGUGAACAAAAGGUUGCCAAGUCUAAAAAGGGGCAGGAUCGUGUAGCGGGUCUUACGACCGGUCUAAGCCUCGGAGAAAGAAAAGCAACACUCCGUCAAACAAACAAUAUUGUGCAAGAUAUUGUUUCCUUUGAACCAAUGAUACAGUCUGUAACUUCCAAGGCUUCAGAGUUGAUGCAGCAAGCUCCGGCGUCUGAAAUUACUAGCAAAUACGAGACCUUGACGAAACAGGCUAAAGAUUUAUAUGAAAAACAGAAGGAGACAGUGGAACAACAUCAAGCAUUUAUCGACGCCGGUACAGACUUUGUCCAAUGGAUAAGAGCCGCUAAGGAAAGACUAGGAAAGUGUUCCGAUGCAACCGGAGAUAAAGAAUCCUUGAGUAGCAAAAUAUCACAGCUAAAAGUGUUAGAAAGCGAACUUCCCGAUGGUCAGAAGAAACUGCAAAAGGCCCUCGAGCUUGGAGAAAUUUCUUGCAGUCUAGCGGACGAGGACGACCGCGAGGAGAUCGAGGAAGAAGUGGCUCUCUUGCAGGAAGAGUUCGAUACCUACGUAGAGCAAUUAAACAACACGAAGGCUUUAAUAGAGGGAGGUAUCGUUAAGUGGACAGAAUACGAGGAACAAUAUAAGGAAGCCUUGGAUUGGUUGUCGAAGACUGAGAAACUCGUACAAUCUUUCAACAAGCUGCAGAACAACUUAGAACAAAAGAAAGUCGUUCUUGAAGAGUUCCAGGGUCACCUCCAAACGCUAUUCGACUGGCAAGCGGAGUUGGACAAACUGAACAUGAGAGCGCAGACUCUGCUGGAGACGUGUGCAGACACCAGGAUUUCCAAUGGGAUCACUCAGCUUACCACUAAGUACAACGCUCUGCUCUCUCUUGCCAAGGAGGUGAUGAAGAGACUAGAGCUGCAUUACCAGGAACAUCAACAACACAACGCUCUAUACGGUGAAUGCCAAGAUUGGUUAGACAGAACUCGAGAGAAACUCAACCAGUGCGCCGAUAUACCCAACAAUCUGCAAGAAGUCAAUAAUAAGUUGAACACGAUCAAACUACUGCGUCAAUCUUUGGAGCAGGGUCAGAACAAGUUGAGAUAUCUUCUAGAAUUGAAAGAGAAGGUCAUAAUGAACACUGAGCAAGCCGGCGCCGCCAAGAUACAAGAGGAUACGGAUAACUUGAAGCAGGAAUUCGAUAAGCUGAUCGCUGAUCUGCAAGAAGUUAGGAAUAAGUUAACUAGCAGAGCUUCUCAGUUUGAUGAUAUUUCUAAGAUUCACAAACUCCUUGUGGAAUGGCUUGAUGAUAUCGACCAGAAGAUCCAAUCGGAUGAUUCCCUACUCAAUGACCUGUCAGAAAAGAAAGCCAAGUUAGAAAAGUUUAGGACCUUCAACCGAGAUAUUGACUCGCACAAAGAUUUGGUCAACAAACUCAAUGAGAAGCUCCAAGAGGAUGCUUCACUCAAAUCUAAAGAUAUAGAAGAUAGUCUCCAAAGAUACGGAGACAUCAGGAAGACUGUUAGUGAUAUGAUCGCCAAACUGGAAGAUUACGUAAAUACACAUAUUCAAUACAAGGAAUCAUACGACAGUUUCUAUGAUUGGAUACGCAAUUGCAAAAUCGAAAUACAACAAUGCUCGGACUCACACGGAGAGAAGAAAGAAGUACAAGAGAAACUAAAGAAUGUCAACAAAAUCAUUAAAUCUUUGCCCAAAGGUGAGGCUUUACUUAAAAAAGCUAUUCAACUGAGUGAAGCUGUUUUAGAAACAACAGGGAACGAAGGCAAAGAUAAUAUAAACCAAGAAAUAAAGCAAUUGAAGAUUGAAUGGGAGAAUCUACAACAUAUCUGUAAAGAUACCAAGAAACUUCUGGAGAAAUGUCUCUCCGCUUGGUCAGAUUUCUUGGAAACAUCAGAGAAGAUGAGCAGCUGGGUGAAAGACUUCGGAGGUAAAUUGUCUUCUGUACAAAAGGUGGAUAAAAUCACUCCCGAAUAUUUGGAUAAAUGUCGCGAUUUACUCGCUCAAGCGCUCGCAAACAAACACGUCUUAGAAGAACUGAACGACAGAUGUGAAAAUCUGAUGGAACUCAGCGCUUGCGCUUGGGUUCGAGAUAAGACAGUCAAUUUGCAAACAGAAUACACAUCUCUUCUUACCAAGAUACAGAGCCUAGUUUCCAACGGCGAAAAGAAUUUAUCCGAUCACACAGAGUUUAUCAAAGCAAAGAAGGAACUUCAGCAAUGGCUGGAAACCGCACAUGGCACCGUGCACGAUUCCAUAGGAGUCGGCGAUAUUGACACCACUAAAGAUAAACUGGAAACUGUCAAACUGGUCAGCAACAGAAUGACCGAGGGUCACCAUCUCUUGGUCGUUUUGCAGGAAGCGUUUAAGAAAGCUCUCAACAAUACACCGCCCGAGGAACAGGACAGCUUGCGAAACGACGUGCAAGUUCUACAGGAAAGCUGGGAUCAGCUGAAGAUCGACCUGAACUCCAUAACUGCUCAGCUCAAAGCGGCGAUUGGCAAAUGGGAAGAUUUCGAGGAAUCAAAGAACAAACUCAACCAAUGGAUCAGUAGCACCGAGCAGAACUUAGACAAAGUGGCGCCCACCGGCGGAGAACUCGGCGAGAUGAAGACCUUGCUCGAGAAGUACAAGCACAUUGAGGACGAAAUCGACAACAAGAAACCAGAACUGGAGAGACUUAAAGAGGAGGCCGCAGAACUCAGCGGAUGGGCGAAGAAACCCGCGGUCAAGGAGUCUGUCACCGAAAUAGAGAAGAAAUGUAACGCCUUAAGAGCUAAGUGCGCCGCGAAGAAAGUGGAACUGGAGAACGAAAUCAAGGACUACAACCAGUACCACCAGUCGCUGCAGGACACGGAGAAGUGGCUGCUGCAGGUGUCCUUCCAGCUGAUGGCGCACAACUCGCUGUACAUCGCCAACAGGGAGCAGACGGAGGAGCAGCUGGCCCAGCACGCGGUGCUGCUGGAUGACAUACAGAAGUACCGCACCACGCUCGACGACCUGGAAGGCAAGGGUCGCGCACAGAUCGAGCGUUACGAGGCGACCACUCCGGCGAUACGCGACACCGUCGGCAAGCAACUGAAAAACGUCAACGACAGCCACAAGAGCUUGCUGGCGACCGCGCUACAGAUCGAGAGACGACUGAGAGAAGGUCUCGCCAAGUUCAAGGAGUACGAGGAUACGCUGGAGAGCAUCCUGAACAACCUGGACGAGUGCGAGCCCGCCAUCACCGAGCUGGACGUGCCCGUCGAUGGCCUCACUCAUGGACGAGACUUGCUGGAUAAAGCGAGGGGUCUGCACAACCGGCUGCAGACGGAGAAGGCGCGCCUGUCGGCGGCAGUGGCGGCGUGCAGUGCGGCCGCCGCCUCCGUGUCGCGUCCCGCCUCGCCCGCAGACACCGCGCCGCUGCCCGUGCCGCCGCGCGAGCUGCACGCGCGCGCACGACUCGAAGACCUCAUUGAUCAGCAACAUGUGACUGAUGUGGCCGAGCCGAGGGUCGAUGUCUUGCUUAAGAGCCUCGAAUCACCAGAAUUUAGCAAGAAAAUGAACUCUUUGCAAAUGAAGGUACAAAGUCAUCUGGAAACCUUGGGCGAUGCGGUCCAUGGUAUGGAGGAAGCUAUGAAGCAAGUACUUGAGAUCCAAGAAUGGAUUAACACACACAAAGCCCUUGCACAUGAUUGGCUGUCCAACCCUUCGAAACUGCGCCCCGAAGCAGCCAAAAAUGACAUGGCUGCUAUGAGCGACGCUUUAGCUUCACUGGCAGAAAAGAGAAACAGAUUGCUUACCGAAAUACCCACAGAAGGUUUAGAAGAUGAAAUCAACCUUGAAGAGGAAUUGGACAACCUUGAGAAGACGAUUCUCCAAGCUAUUGAAAGAGAAAAGUCCAACCAAGGCAUCAUCGAUGAUUUCCGUCACAAAUGUCAGGAGAUCCACGAUUGGUUCGAUGCUGUACUCAAGAAGAUGUGCCUCGCUGACAAAGGAUCCGGUCUCCCUUGUCCUCAGAAGCUCAGCGCUUUGAAGGAAUUGUCGAAUGAGUUUGGACAAGCUGGGAAAGAUAAAGUGGACAAUAUUAAGAACGUUGGCUCACAAGUUAUAAACAUUGUUAGUAACUUGGAGUCUCAGCAAGUUGAGGAACAAAUGAAGUCGGUAGAGAGAAGAUACAAUGACAUCGCUAAACGAAUUCAACGCAAACUCCAGAUGCUCGAAAUCACUUACAAAGCCAUUGAUGGUACAAAGAGCGAGGUCAAUGCUCAAAACGAGUGGCUUCAAAAGGAAAUCGACAAUAUUGUGCAUCCAGAGCCACUCGGCUACGAAAGUAAAUCAGUAAAGGAAAGACAAAAGAAGAUUGCAAAUCUACUAAAAGAAACUGAUGGCAAGAAAACAGUUAUCGACUCUUUGGAGAAGAAGGUCAGCAACAUUCAAUCCGAACUUGAACCUUCUGAACAGAUGCAAUUGGAAUCUGAGUUAUCCGAAUUGGCUUCGAAGCAAAAACAACUUGCCUCACUGAUUAAACAAGAAAUCGAAAGAUUGAGUGGAUGCGCUGAAAUCAGAAAGAAGUUGGAAAAUGACAUUGAAAAGGCAAAGAAUUGGCUUAAAUCUAAAUUAGCCGAUAUCAAGAAGCUUGGUGGUCCAGUACCGCUAGAAGUUGGAAAGGUUGAAAAAGAAAUUGCCGUACACAAGAAACAUCAAAGUGAACUGUCAGAUUUCCACAAUGAUACUCUUUCUGAAGUUAUUCGCCAAGGAAAUGCUGUGUCCAAAGACUGCUCCCCUGAAGAUCGUACGAAACUGCAAGCUAUCUUAGAAGGACUAAAUAAACAAUAUACAUCAGCCAAAGUAGACAUUGACAAAAAGCUAGCGGCAUUGAAUAAACUAUUGCAAGGCAGAAAUGAAUUUGAAAGUGAUGUAGCGAAGUGUCAGAGCUGGCUGAAUGAGGCAGAAGUUGCCGCCACUCCUGAACUUCGUACAACCAGUCUGCAACUCUUGGAAGAACAGCUUGCGAAGUUUGAAAAGCUUAGCAAAGAAGCUGAGGAUGUGGAGAAAAAUAUUACCAAAAUCAAGGAUAAAUCUAAGGAUAUCAUGGAAACAUUAUCAGACUCAAAUAAAUUACAACUUAAAGAACAAGUAAACGUCCUUUCUGAUAAAUUCGCUAGAAUCAACGCUAUCAUAAACGACAAGAAGAACAUUUUAAUUAAGCACAUCAAGGAGUACAAAGACGCUGCAGCUAAGAUCGCUGCGGCUCUGGAAUUCUUGAACGAAAUACAGAACAAACUUAAAGCUCUUAACAAACCUAUUGGCAGCAAAGUUGAGGAUGUCCAACCAGUUAUCCAGGCCUACGAAUCCAUUCUCGCCGACUUGAAAAAGAAUAAGGCAAUGCUUAAUGAAUUACAAGGAGGAAACCUUCAUGACCUUCAAGAUAUUCUAACUCAGCAGGACGACCUGGUCACUACGAUCGAAGAUCAAAUUUCUAGACUCAAACAGCUUCUGCUACUUCGCGAACAGUUCUUUGCUCUCGUGAAAGAAAUUGAGGAGUUUAUAACUAAAUACACAGAUGUGACCGCAGAAAUCGAAAGGUCUAACGAUACUUUGGAAGACAAAAUCAAACGCUACGACGAUAUUAUUGUAAAGAUACAAGGAUGCGAAGCUCUGUUAGCUACCGCCACAGACAAGGGUCAGCAGAUUGCUGCCGAAGGAACUGUCAUUGAUAGAAACAAUAUCACUGAACUUUUGCAAUCACUAAAACAACAACUUCUAACAUUGCGAAGACUUGUAGAAUCAAAGAGACAGGAACACGAGAGAGCUGCUGCCGAACAUAAGAAACUUGCAGCAGAUCUAUCUGAAGUAUUACAAUGGCUGCAUGACAACGAAGCUGCGGUACAUUCACGUCCGCUGUUAAACAGAGAUGUCGCCAGUGUUGAUAAGAAACUAGUCGAGCACGCUGCAUUAGUAAAGAACGUACAGACUUAUUUGGAUAAAUUUACAAAGAUCUCUGAUAUUAUAAAGAAUGACGACGGUGUGCCGGGAUCGCUUCUCGAAAUGGUAUCAGAAGGCAACUCCUUGAAGACAUCCCUUCCCGAGGAAUUAGCAAACAGGGAGAAACAUCUCAAAGACAACAAGAAAUAUAGACAACAGUACAUACAAAUGGUCGAGAAAUUAAACAUUUGGGUGAACGAAGCCGGAAUAAGAUUGGAUAUGGGCAAAAACGGCACGGACUUUGAGAAUAUCGAAUCUGACUUAGAAGAACAUAAAUCAUUCUUUAACACAUCGGAACCAGAAAUGAAAGAUCUCGUCGGAAAGAAGAUGCAAGACGUCGUUGACAAGAUCUGGCCGUCACUAACUGCUUCCGAGCAGGAGGAACUAUCGAAGGACCAUCAGAAGCACAACCAGCUGCUUAAAAACACUUUGAACUCUGCUAAAUCGCGACAGGCUCAGUUGGAACAGGAUCUGGAGAUCUGGAAGGACUUCUGCCAGCUGGUGGAGAAGAUCAAGUCUAUAUUGGACAAGAAUGACAUCGAAGACGAGCUGAUCACCACUGUGGAUGCCCUGCGUUUGUACCUGGAGAAACUCAACCAUGCCAAGAAUGAUUUAGAGAACCAGCAGCCGCUGCUGGAGGUGGUGCGCGAGCGGGCGCGCGAGCUGAGCGGCGGCGCGGACGCGGCCAGCGGUGAGCGGGUCGACCACAAGACCAGGGACCUCGCUGACCGGUGGAACCUCGCCUGUGAAGGUUUAGCGAAGCGAGCGGCAACAGCUGACAGUCAGUUGCAGCGCUGGACGCAGCUGCUGGACACACAGCGGAGCCUGGCUGCAGCUGUCACCGCGGCCUCGGACCGCCUGCGACAGCUGGACGCUAGCCCCAGCACACGUCGACGCGCGCUCGACACACGACAUGCUUUGCAGGAGCUGCAAGCGGACGUAUCAGGUCUUGAAGAGAGUCGGGACGAUCUCCUGGAGCACGCAGACUUUGUGCUGAACAUCCUCAGACCGCACUCGAAGCAGGCCGCAGAAGACACCGAGAAAUCUGUGAAGGAGACUGCGGAGGCUUAUGAGAAAUUGCGACAGACUCUAGCGGCGAGGCUCGCGGAGAUCGACGACAUUGUUUCCGAAUUCGACCGCGUGGCGGAGAAUAUCGAGAAGCUCCGGCAGCUGAUCGAGGUUUUCAUAGCCAAAGUUGGAACUUUCUACGUUUUCGGGGAGAACGACGAGGAAGGCGUGCGAGAACUAGCCACCGAAGUUUCGGAGUUAGUCCAGCGAACGAAGAACUUCACCGAGGAGAGCCGCAAGAGAUACGGCGGCUCCGCCCCGGCGGACAUCGCACAAGAGCUGUCCGCUUUAGAACUAUCGGCGGAGGGCCUGGCAGCAGCCAUGGAGGAGAAGGAGAGGGAGUGGAAGCGCGCUCGCACUGCUCGCAGCGAAUACGCGACCGAUGUUGAGAGCGUGCAGGCGUGGGUGCGCGCGGCCGAGCUCACCGCGAGAGACAGGACGCUGCCGCCGGCGCCGUACCGCGAGCGACUAGUCGCCACCAGGGCAGAGGUGCCCAGCGUGGCCGACCGCCUCGAGCGCCUGACGCGUAACGCGCGCGCUAUCGUCGAAGGCAGCCGCGACGCUGGGGAGCGGCAGCUAGUACAGUCGACGGUGAUGGCGCUGUCGGAUCAGUUCUCGGCCGUGUGCAGCGAGCUCGAGGCCCGCCAGGCGGCCGUUGAGGACGCAUGCGACGCCGUGUCUAGGUUCCUUGCCUUGUUAGAGAAAGUUCUACUUUGGGUUGAGACACAGCGUGCAUUCCUAGCGCGGCCACUCCCGUUGGCCGAUUUGCAGGAGGCGCAGCAGAAACAGACUGAAUAUGGGAAUGCUCUUAAAAGCUGCAAGCAGCAGGCUAAGAAUCUCGCAGAUAUGACUAAGGAAAUAGAGGCUAUCGAGCGUGUAACAAGUCCCGGUGACUUACCUUCGAGAUUAGAAGCGGCAGAAAAUGCCACAGUCGAUGUCGAGAAGAAAUUGGCGAAGACGAACGGCUUACUACAAGAACUGGCCGAGGAAUGGGAGAGAUGCGAAAAGAAAUUGAAAGACGUCGGCCACUGGGUCGAAGCCACGACGCGGACCAUUGAGACACCUCAAAAUGCAAAGAAACCACUCCGAGAUAGACUCGCUCUCAGAGAAAAACUCAUAAACGAUAUAUCAACUCAAAAAACUAAAAUUUCUUAUGCCGUUGAAAAACUUAAUGUACACUUCGGUCCCGACGGCGUGGCGUCGCAGUCGCGCUCGCCCGAAGGCGUGCAGAGAGCGGCCAGCGAGCUGUGCUCCGCGCUGGACGCACUCGGCGAGCAGACGGGCGCUCAGGCGCGCCAGCUCACCGCCGCGCUCCACCAGCUCGACGCGUACUGCGCCGAGCUCGCUCAGCUCCGCUCCCAGCUGCUGGACGCCGAGCAGCAGCUGCGCCACGCCGCGCAGCCCAACUACAGCCCUCGCGACCCCGAGCGCGCCAACAGACAGCAACAGGAGGUCGCACGGCGUAUCGAAGAGCUGACUCGGUGUAUCUUCGAGUUGGACCCGUUCGUGGGCGGCGGCGACGAGGCUGGGACAUUGAGCCUGCUGCUAGAAGCGGGCGAACGUGCGCGGGCCGAGCGCCGGCCGCGCUCUCCUCAAGUGUUGUCAGCCCCGCGCGCCGCGGCCGCACACUACACCCCGCGAGUCACUCCUGCCCCGCUGUCGACGACUUACGCCGAGAUAGUGAAAGGCUUCAGCUCCCGCUCGAGCUCAGUUAGCUCCCGGCAGCCUAGUGCACAGAGAGUGCCCCUCGAGUCCCCUCAAACUCCCGCCGAAGAGGAAUACAUCUCAAGUGAAAUAUGUGCGCCAGUGUGUCUCGAAAGUGAUGUGGCCGAUGAGCCCAGUGAUGUAUACAGUGAGACUGUUGACGCAAGUGAAAGUGACGCAUUCAUGUCUGAAUCUAAUAUUUAUAUCCAACCGGAAGAGAAACAAUUGACUUCCCAAGUAACUAUGGAAAAUCAGGACUAUCAAGAACAACAGAUUUCCGAAAGUGGAGUAUCUGAACAGAUCGAGCAAGCUGCUAUUUAUGCAGAAUUACGUCCGCAUGAAGAUCACGACAGAUCACUUAGUCCCGCAACGAAAUUGCGAUCACAUGAUUUAUCUUACGCAGAAAUUCUUGCGUUAGGUCUUCGAAAACAGGCAAAGACCCAAAACAUUGUAACAUUACCUGAGCCACAAGUAGCACAGGUGGAGAUGGUCAAAGAAAUAAUUGUAGAGGUGGAAAAAGCUCCCCCUAUCAUAGAAUAUGAACCCAGAGUUCAUUCAACAGAAUCGUUGCGAGUUAAAACGGACAGGUUUGAAAGACCGGUGCAGCGUAGUCGUUCUAGAGAUAUGCCAAGACAGAGACGUGCUCCUGAAAAACGGUCUACUAAGGCUCAUGACACCCAAAUUAUUAAAAAGAAAAAACUUUCAAGGAGAGUUAUUGAAGUUGAGAACUUUGAUGACACUCCAGAACAACAGAUGACAGAUUCAUCUUCCCCUUGCAUCAACAUACAAUCUGUUCAACCAGAUGAUAAACCAAGUACUACUAGCUAUAAGGAGUCGAUUAAAAAAGUGCAGCAUAGUGCAACUGUUGUCGAAACUGUAACUGUAUCCGAAAGUUUACAAGAUUUGACUAAAACUGAAAACGAUCAGAAGAAACCUAAAAAGAAAAAUAAACAUAAAAAGUCAAAAGACGCGGAUGACGAAAUUGAGAAAGCCCUUAAAGAAAUUGAAGUAUCAGAUAAACAGAAAAAAAAGAAAAUUAAAGAUAGUCGUGAUAAAAGUAAAGAAACAAUAACUAAGGGUACAGAAUCGGAUGAAGCGAUAGAUAAAAACGAAGUUAUAAUGAAACUAUCAGACUUAAAGCAUGAUCACAAAGAAGGUUCUAAUAAACAAAAGAAAAAGAAAAGUAAUACUCGGGAAUUACAGACCUAUCAAAUAACUGAUCUGUCAUCUGUUGCCGUUUCACAACAAAUGACAAAUAAAAAAUUAAUUACAGAAAAAGCCAGUUCUAGUAAGAAUGAUAAUCCUGAUAUUUGUUCACGGGAACCAAACUCUGCUAAUAUUUUAAGAAACCCUAAAUCCGCUGAUGACAAAAAUAAAACGAUUCUAGAAGAAAGUAAGUGUGAUGCACCCGAUGAGGUUAGUAAACACACAAACCUUAAAUAUGAAAUCAAACACGAUAAUGAAAAAGAAUCCAAACUUACAACAGACAUUUUAUGUUCGACAAAAGAUAGCAAUGUUGAAAACAUCAACCUUUCUACAGAACCAGAAUUAGAAAUAACAUCUAAGCAAAAGCGGAAAAAGAAAAGUAAAAAGCAAGGAAAGACUGUCGCAGAGACACUCGUCGAUGAAACUAUAGCUGUAGCUAUGGAAAAAGUAGGCAAUGGAAAUAUACAACCCAUUGCCAUUACAGUUCAAGAAACAUCCAUUGCUCAAAAGAAGGUUGAAAAAUCUAAACAAUCGGACAAAAUAAACGACAAAGCUAAUAUAAAUGACGAUACCAAACCACAGGAUACCAUUUUGGAAGUGACAGAUUCUACUAAGAAACCAAAAUCAAAGAAACAGAAAUCUCUUGAAAUAAAAGAACCUUCAACCCUGCUCACCCCGUUAAGUACAAAUACUGAUGAGGGAACAAGUUUUGAAACCUGUGUUGAAGUAGAAUUACCUGAAGGAAAAGCGCAUAAAAAGAAAUCGAAAAAUAAGAAACCUAAAAUUGUUGAUGACGAAAUAGAACAAGCUUUGCGAGAGAUAGAUCAAUCAAUUAGUGCUAAAAAGAAAUCCAUCGAAAAGUCAGUAAAGACAAAAGAUAAACAUCUAGAAUUAACGCAAGAAGUCAAAAAAGAAGCUCCUAAAAUGCACGACGAUGAUAACUUAAAUUUAAAAGAUUCUGAUAUAAUUUCAAGUGAUCAGGAAGUCAAGAGUAGCCUUGUAACUAUGGAUUGGAAUACUUUAAUGGCUGAAGAGGAAAAUAUUCCUGAAUCAGAACUAACACCCAUCACUCAACCUAGCAUACAGACUGAUUUGUCCCUGGAAAGUGAACAAGUAGCUACUGAAGUUACUAUACUUCCAGAAGUUAUUGAUUUAACAAAUAUAGGAACCGAAGGAAAAGAUUGUUUCGAUAAGGAAAAAUCUGAAACAACUCAAAACACUGUCGCCCUUCAAAGUAUUUCUAAUGAGCAAAAUAAUAAUAAAACAUUAAGAGCUGAUAACCUGAAAGACAGCUCGUUCAAUAUAGUAGAGGAAAUAACUCGAUACGAACCUAUUCUACAAGACAUGGAAACACGCACUAUUUACUUGAUAACACAUGAAGAGAAAAAAUUACCACCUAUAAGAACUGUGAAAGUUUUCAAUUCAAAGACAAAUUCUUUGAGUUGUGAUUCUCAAGUUAAAAAUGAUGCUGAAAUUAUUACUGAAUCUAUAACUUCUCAAGAAAAUGAUGAUAAUAUCUUGGAAGAACCAAUAAUUUCUUCUGAAUUAGUCACAGAAUCUUCAUCACAGGAUUUGAAUUUGGUCGAAGACAGUCAGGGUACGAACGUGAUUGUUGAAGAACAAUCGGUUAAUACCGAAUUGGUAUCUAUUUCCAAAGAUGGUUCUGAUGAGAUCACAUACAAAGACAUAACGUAUUCACCUGAAAAUGAUUAUAAAGACAAUGUCGCUGAUGAUCAAAAUGAAACUAACAUUGAGGAAUAUCAGUGUUCUAACAUGGAAGAGUUCUCAGAAAAUAUCCUUGAACAUGCUAUAUUUGGAUCGGUACAAAACCGCCAACGAGUACAAUUAAAAACUAGUACCAUUCCAUAUCAAGAGUUAGAAGAGAUAAAAACGUACUCAUUAAAUCUUGACAUUGAUCAAUUGGACUUCGAUUACUAUCAACUAUUGAAUAAAGAAAGUAAUUUAUCUGCGGAAUAUCAAACUGAUCAUGAAAGUACAGCAAUUCGUGAAGACGACAAAGAUCAAGCAGAUGGCGAAGUAGUUCAAAACGCUUCUGUAACGUUUUCUUCUUGUGAUAUAACUGAACAGUCUGGGCUUGAAGAACAGUUGCAUUAUGAUGCCACAAAGCCUGGAGAUAUUUUAUUCACAUCUCAUACCGGGAAAUCUGAGGUGGCGUAUCCUGAUGAGAAAAACAUAAACGAUAUAAAACCCGCACCUCUUGAAAAUAAAGCUACAAUUGUAGUAUCUUCAAAAGAUGCACUCAAUGAAGCAGAUUGUAAAAAUCGUGCAGAAACCAAGAGCAUUGAGGUACCACCUACAACAUACUUGGAAAUUGUUCUUGAUACCCAAAGUUUUUAUACAACGACAUCGAGCUUAGAACAUACCCAAUCACUCGCAAGUGCCACUACGGAAUCUGAUAAUAAAGAAAAACUAUCCGUUGAAGCUGGAAAUAUAGGAAUAGAAAAAGAUGUUUUAAGAUCAAAUUAUAGUAUAAAUAUUGAAGAGAUCGAUGCUGUAAAAGUGCUUAAGAACGAAAUACCUCGCUAUGAUUAUCAUGAAUUAGCUGACUCUGAAAAAUUCUUAGGGAUUGUUUAUCCUAAAGAGACUUCACCAAUACCUGAAUCAAAUACAAAAACAGACAACACAGAACCUGAAAAACAUGAAACAAAUGUUUUUGACGAAGAAACUAAUCCAUCAAACACUUUGAUCGAGACAGUACUCAAAGAAGAAAUAUUACCAGAAUUGGUAACGCAAAGUCAGGAUACUGAAGAAGCAAAUUCUACUUAUUUAUCACUGAAAAGAUUUAAUGAAGAUUUUUCGCUUCACUGUAUUUACCAUUAUAUUGCUGACGCUGAAAAGAUCUAUCCUCGUCUUGUAGAAAUGAUUAACCAAAAACAGGAUAUUGCCCCUAAUGAUGGAAAUAUUGAAACAAUUCAAAACACCCAAGUUUUAAUCGACGUUGACACAGUUGAGGAAACUAAGACAGUUGCAGAAGCAGACAACAUAAAUAAAACCGUAAACUCACCAGAUUCAUAUGAUAAAGAUAACUUAAAGUUAGAUAGCAAAUGCUUAUUGGAAAGUAAGUCAAAUGAUAUCGAGAUAAUAUAUUUUGAAAAGCCCAAAUAUGACUAUCACGAGCUGUCUAAAGGUGAAUCACUGUUAGCUUCUGUUUUGUCUAAAGAAAAAUCAAAAGUCGAGCGAGAUGAUCAAAUGAAUAUUCCAACAGACGAGCAAUUUUCUGUAUUGAUUGAAAAUGAUAAUAAAGAAGAGGAAAUCAAUUCGCAAAAUAUAAAUACAGUUGACAACAAAGAAACAACGACAAUUAAUGAAAUAUUAGAGCAAAAUUAUCAUGAAAUUCGUGACGCAGAAAACAGAUACGCUUUAAAUCUAAGCAAAUCAAGUGUUGACAUAGAACCAACCCCUCUUCUGAAGGAUACAGUAGAUCUAGUACAGGAAUCUGAAAUUAAUGAGUUACCUACUGAAACAUCACAUCAAAAUGAAAGUGAAAAAGCUGUAAAGCAGAGUUUCGAAGAAACUCACAAACAAGAAGAAGUAAAGUUGACGGAAAACAUCGCCAAGGAUUCUUCAACAUUACAUAGUGAAGAGUCACAAGCAGUUUUUUAUGAACCAAUAAAAUACAAUUAUAUUGACUUAAAGGAAGCUGAACGUAUAUUUGCUCAAAACGCUACGUGUGUGCUUUCGUAUAACGAUAAUUCGAUAGAUUCCGUUUCCGAUAAUGACACCAUUGAAAAAACACUAGAAAAAAUUGAUGAUACCUGCGUUACACAGAAAUUCGAUGCGAAAGAUAACAACGAAUUAAAAAUUGAAUCGGAAACAGAAGUUUUCAAACAUAAUAGUAAAAAUGAACAAACAAAAACACUCGAAACACAUGAAUUUAAUACACUUGUGCCCGCAGUAUUUGGCGAUGUAGCAAUGGUCGCUACAUCUAUUUUGCAAAGAGAAACGAAUGAGAAACAAGAACAGGAUGAAGCGAAAAAGCAAGAAGUUGGUAAACAAAAUGAAGAAUACACCGAUCAAGAUAAAUCUGAACAAGUUGAAACACCAAUGAAAGAAAGCAUAGUAGAAGAUUUUGUCGUGGUAGAGAGCACACAUCUUAAUUUACCAUAUUCAGAAAUAUGUGUAGAAGAAACUGCAGAUUCAGUUCAAGAAUCUAAUGCAAAUCUUGGUGAUGAGCUUGAUUUCGAACACUCGUUUGAAGUUAUUGAUCUAGAAAAGGAUGCGUCAUUUGAAAUACAAGAACCGACAGAAAUUAAUAGUAAUUUGGAAAAGUUUUUAAUAGUCGAAGGACAAUCAACAACCCCUAGUGUUGACAUCUGUCCUGCUUCUAUAGAAAAUGUUGAUGUUUCCUCUUCGGCGGAACUUGUAACGGAACCUAAAACAGAUGAAGUCCUUAACAAAGAAGAGAUAUUAGAAAUAUCAAAAUAUGAAAUCGUGCCUGAAACUAUCUCGGCGAAAUUUAUCGAAGCGGAAAUCGUUCAUUCCGUAUAUUCCACACCCUUAAGUACUGAUACGCAACAACAGGUUAGCAACGUUAUGAGUACGGAACCCGAUAAAGUAAUCGAUAAGUCUAUAGAUCACGAAAUAGAUUCAGAACAAGCUUCUCAAUCACAAAUCGAAAUUAGUAAUCGGCCUGAAAAAUCUCCCAUUCAUAGUUUACAUGAUCUACUUCCAGAAAUCGAUUCCAUACCUGAAUUUAAACCAUCCUUCUCAAAUACAGUUCUUAAUUCAAAGCUUUCAGCUGAUGCCCCUGAAUUUACACCUUCCUACUUGUACAAAGCGACUGAUCAUACGCCAUCUGAUUGUAAACAAAUAAACACGCAGACAUUUAAUUUCGCUGAACAAGUAACGAUACAAACUGAUAAGCAUCAAACUAACGUUACACCCAUAACAUACUCUUCGAUCUUAUCAUCUAUGAAAGAGCAGGAAACAUGUGAUAAUAAUCUCAAACAAAAAGAAAGUGAAAUAUUGAGUGAUGUUAAAAAGAGUGAGACGUCCCCUGAAGAUAAGUUGGAGCCAAAGUCAAAACGUAACAAAAAACAAAAGCAAAAAGACAAUAAAAAGGAAAAACAUGCUAUCAAGGACGAGACAUCAACAAUUGUCACUCCCGUCGAGGAAGUUUCUUCUGUGCGAAUUUCCGAGGAACACAAACAACAGUCUGGCCCCGAUCACGUAGAAAACGUUUGGACCAAACUAGCAGAUGAUGGUAAAUCUUACGCUGAAGUUUUAGCGGAAGGUUUGAUCGAACAAGAAAUUUCACCAAUCCAUGUUAUAGAAAACCAAGAAGUAGAACACAAAGCGGAAUCUAUUUUAGAGGAUAAAUCAGAAUCUUUUGAUAAUGAGCCACUUCGGUGCGAAGUAGCAGAUGACAGUCAGGAAGUUCAUGGCUCAUGGGCGAAAAUAGUUGCUUCGAAUCGACCAUCGCCUGAAAGAGUUCAAAAAGUUAUAUCGCAGAAUGAACCAAUUCAAUCAAAGUCUAAAGCCCCUAUUAUCUUAGUUGAUGAAUCUGACUCGGAACAUAAUAAACCUGACUUAGAAAUUGAUGCUGAAGGAUUUAUAAAAGUUGACAGGAAUAGACGUUCGAGAUCUAAGUCAAGGGAUAACCGUUCCGUUUCAGUUACCAGGGUGCUGCGACAAAGUAAUGUCCGAGAAAAAUCUGAAAAUAGGUUUAUAGCUCUGACAAGCUCUUUAAAACCUGAUGAUGGAGAAUCAAUGCAAAGUAGCCGUUCUGACGAAGAAAAAGAACCGAUAAAGAAAGGAAGAAAGAGCCGAUCAACAAAAUCUAAAGAAAAAGAUGUAAAACCAAAAGUAGCCCAGAUAGCACCCAGUACCUCAGAUGAAGAAAAGCAGCCUAUAAAGAAAGAUAAAAAGAAGAGAUCUUCAAAAUCUAAGGAAAAGCUAACUAAACCGGUAGAAGGAGCCGAGCCUUCCGAGUUGUUACAGGAAAUUAAAGAAGUAGAGCCAAUUGUCGCUCAGCAAAAAGAAGGUCCCUCGGCUCAGUCUCCACAAGUGUCGACGUCAGAAAGUAAAAAGAAAUCCAAAAAGAAAAAGAAGGAGAAGAAAGCGUUUAAAGACACAACUGAAACUCCAUCCCCAGUUGAUAUUACUUCCUCGGAAAUAGAAACUUCAGAACCAAAGUUUGCUGUACCAUUAAAAUCCAUUGAAACUCCAAUUUCGACACCAGAAUCAAUUGAAACUCCUAUUAAAGACAGAUUUUACGCUGAAGCCCAAUACUGGAAAGUAGAUCCUAGCACCGUUGAUGAUCUUACUAGUAUAUCUGAAAUUCUUACGGUUAAAAUUGAUUAUGAUGAUAAUAACAAACAAGAAAAUAUUGUAAUCGAAGUAGAACAGGCUCCAGAAAGCAAAAUCACAGUUGAAGCAACAAAAAUCGACUAUGAAAAAUUAGAAAAGGAGCCCAUUUCAAAAGAAAAUAAUGAGUGUGCUUUUAGUCCGAAAACAAUUGAAGCACAAAGAAUAUCCGAUGAACAAUCGUUAGAAAAUAAAAUGGCCGAUUUACAAAGAGAAAUAGAAGAAAUGUUACUCCCUGAAAAUGAUACUUCUUUAGCAAGUGAUAUAACACCUAAAGAACUAACAGAGAUGCAAACUUUAUUAGAUGAUCAACAAGAUGAAGUACUGGAAAACAUAACCCCCUCGUUGGCAUCGCCUGAACCUGAAGAUACUUUGUUAGAAACUCAGAUUCCUCAAAAGGAAAUAAUAUUGACCACGGAAGACGAAGUAAAAUCCAUCCAAGACAUAAAAACCUCAGAUAAGAAUUUGAUCAAAGAUAUUCUAGUCGACACACGCGAAUCUGUGAUCGACUCACUAGCUUUGGCUGAAACGUCUGUGCAAAUUUCAAAUGAGAGUCACGUCGAAGGUGUAAAUUCUACAACUAACAACUCAUUUACACCAUCUACUAACAAUCUCUUAGAUAUACAACAAGAUAAUUUUUGGACAGAAAAGAGUUUAAUAGACGAUGCGGAAAAAUUGCUUGUCGAACAAAUUAUACCUAAAUUAGAUAAUUUUGCUUCUCCUGAACAAAAACCUGACGGAAAUCUAGAACAAAUCGUGAAUUCGAAACAAACUCUUUCAACCGAUUCCGAUAUUGUGUGUAAUGUGUUUAUAGAAGUGCCUUUUUGGCCUGAAAAGCAUUUAUAUCAUGAUGCUGAACGCGAAUAUUUCUUACAAAUAGCUAAGAAACAAAAAAAUCAAAUUCCAAUAAACACUGACAUUGAAAAUACGGACAAAAAAGACAAAGAUAAAGAUCCUAGCAGUGGUUCGGGUCACUCUUCAGAAACUGACGAACCACGCCAAUCUAGCGGUUCUCCGUUCGAUUCCAAUUAUUUGUCAAUGGAUCUUCCAGGCGGUAUUUGCAGCUGGAAAGAUCAUAGUUCUUAUUUGAGUUUGGAAACACCUUCAGAUUCACUGACGGGCUUGAUAAGUGAGGAUACAUCUAAAUUAGGUACCGACAUCCCAGAGGAUAAACUAACCAACCUAUCCCUAGUACCAGUUGCCUCUCUCCCCCCCGAGCAGGAGUCGCCGCCGCAGGAUGAACAGAACCGGACCACAGCCAAGGAUAACUUAUCUAACAAUCUUGAGACACUCCUCGAGGAAGUGAGGAUUGUACAAGCUCAGCUUUCAGACCUGCCAAAUGAAACACUCGAUGCAAUGGAAGCCGGCCUUAAGGAAGGUAUAGCAGUUCUUAUCAAGUGCGAAGAAGCAGCAAUACUUCUAGAACAGAAGAUAAUGGAAUAUGGACAUGAAUCAGAAGUUCAGAUUUUACUCAAAGAACUGGUCAUGAUGAAAGCAAGAAUCAGCAAGUUGUUAGAACAAGCGCGCCAGGGUCUUCACACCAUCAAGGUAAGAAAGGAUGCGAAAAUUGAUAUGGAAAUUCAAUCGAAGCAAAUUGAAGAGCAGAAGGAACAGAUCGCUAAGCUGGAUCACUGGCUCCAUACAAUAAAUACAGAACUCAAUGUAUCAACAAAACAAAGCGAAGUACUCACAGAAGAAGAUAUUAUAAGAUAUAUAGAAAUUUAUGAACGUUACAUCAGACAAUACGAAGAAUAUGAAAUUAUUUUAAAAUCCAUAACUGUGAUAAGUGUUGAUGAAUCUAGUCAAUCUAUGCAAAUGAAAUUAAAUGCAUUGAAGAAAACAUUAGAGGAAUCGCGAGUUCUAGUCAUUGCUGAAAUAGAGAGAUUGAGACAAAUAUUGAUUAAUAUCAAAUAUACAGCUGAUGUUGAAGAAGACGUUACACAAACUGAUCGAACAAUUGAUUCCACUUCAAUGCCGGAGGAAAUUGUUUCUCAAAAGAUUAUUGAGACUGUCCAAGAAGUACCAAGCGAAUCUACUAAGACUGUUCCUGAAGAUGCACAAUUUAAAUCUACAGAUAAGGAUAAAACAGUAGAGGAAAUAAAAUCUCCCAAAAUUAUUGAAUCUAAAAAUUCAACAACUAUAGAAACUCAAACUGGAAAGAGUCUUAUUUCCGAUCCGAUUCCGUCUCUGCACGAUAAAUCUGUUAUCUGUCAACCAGAAAUUAUAGAAACUCAGGAUGUUUCCAUAACUUGUGCGCCGCCAUUAGAGGUGGAAGUACAGACAAGUGAACAAAAAUCAGUAGACGGAGUAUUGCUCGAGAACAUUCAAGUCAAACAAACUACAUCAGAAGGCCAUGAAACUAUUAUAAUCUCAAGUCGACCUGUAGUCAGAGAAAGAGCUAUUGAUGAAUCCUCACUUUUAGUCGAUGCUGACUACGAGGGUGAUAAUCAAACUAAAAACUCUGAAUUGAACAUAACACAUAGUGUACCUCAAUCCUUUGAAACCGUAAUGGUGGAACCCGAUGAAACAACCACAGAAGUGGUAGUUGAUGCUGAUGGUACAAAGAGAAUAAUCGUUAGAAGGGUUAGAAAAACAUUAGUCACAAGACAACAAGUAUUACACACACAGGAACGUUCUUCACACGUUCUAACAGACUCCGAUGCUCAUCGAGAUCACACGUUCCAACAAAUAACAUUGAAAGAAGAUCAAGGUUCUACUUCUCAUACUUUUGAUGAUGGUGGAAUCCAAAACAUUCAAUAUCAAACAUAUGACGGUCAAGUCAUCACAGGACUUCCGGGAAGAGAAAUGACGAUCCAAGAAUUUACAUCUAAACCAGAAAUGAUCAUCUCUAUGGGCCAAGAUAUGAACCCAGACCAAAUCCUUCAAAUAGCAGAAGGCAGGAUUCAACCUGAAAUUCAGACAUCUUCAUCUAGUGUUACAGCUGUUGUUGAACAAGUCACAAAGAGAAUUAUCAGAACAAGACGUCGUAUUAUUCGCCGCGUCGUCAUUAUCGACGGUAAAGAGCACGUCUCUGAAGAAAUUAUCGAGGAACCUGACGACGUUGAAGUUUCAGAAGAACAAAUACCAAGAGUAUCUAUAAACAUCAAUGAUACAAAUGUACCUGUCGACAAGAGUGAUGCUGAUGAUGAUGAUAAACGACCACCUGAUGAUCGUAAUACGAAAAAAGACGAUAAAAAAGACAGUGAUAUCCCAGACGACAAAAGGAAACAAGUAGAUCGUAGGGAUGAUCCUACAAAACCGAAGGCUCACGACAUACAAGAGGCGAAAGAUGAAACAGUCGCUGAACCUGAUAGCAGUAUCCAGGAACACGAAUCAAGAUCUAGUCAAUUAUUGUUAUCGGGUAAUGAAGUUACGCAAUUAGAGACGUCAUCAUCGCAUUUUGCAACACUUACUCAAAAAGUAACGAGAACAAUAACAAGAACAAAGAAACGAAUAAUCAAACACAUUCAAAUAAUCGAUGGAAAAGAACAUGUGACGGAAGAAGUGGUAGAAGAACCUGAUGACGUUGAAAUUGUAGAACUUGAGCCCGAAGAAACUCAAGUAAGUCUUGGUGAGGGCACUAAAAUGAAAAGAAUGAAGAUUAUUAGGCAAAUACAAAUUAUUGACGGCAAAGAACAUGUCACAGAAAAAAUAAUUGAUGAAGAUGAUGACACGUAUAAGCCAGAGAUUUCGGCAUCCAAUGCAGAGCCUUCUUACCCUCAACAAUAUGUCGUAAGCGAACCAGAACAACUCCAAUUUACAACAGCAGAUAAAAAAAUGACUAAUGUUGCUGAUUUAACUUCUAGUUUAUUAGCCAGUGAAAUUAGUCAUAGUUCAACACAAAAAGAUCAAAGGGAAUUAGUUGAAGAAAGAGUGGAUGAUAAAAAGAAAGAUUUACUCAGUACAAAGCAACCUAAGGAUACAAAUGAAUAUACUAUAAAAAAAGAAGUAGUGGAAGAAGUUGAUAAAGAUUUGCACAAAGAUACUUUACAAUAUUCAACAACAGACAACAUACACACAGGACUUUUAAAACCAGAAGACAGUAUUGUAAUAGACGAACUUCCCAAACCUAUUGAAUUAACUUCACCAGACAAAGCAAAUGACAAAAUCUUAAAAGAACGUACAGAAAUUGAAAUAAUUACUGAAGAUGUACCCAAAGACAGUGUUAUCCAGGAAUAUGAAUUUGAUGUUUCUGUUCCGGAAGAAAAUGUUGUCUCAUUUGGUGAAAAAAUAUGGGAAAGUAUGACAGGAUCAUCCUCAACUGUAAUGCAGAAAGGUUUGAGUACUGUGCCAAAUAGAUAUGUAACAAAAAUAAUAAAACGGGUAAUAAGACGUGUUCAAGAUAUUGAUGGAAACGAACAAGUCACUGAGGAAAUUAUUGAAGAACCGGAGGAAAUGAUAACCGAACCUGAAACAAUAACAAUUGAAGAAGACGGAGUCAAAACCAGACGCAUAAAAAUAAUAAAGAAUGUCCAGAUAAAUGAUGGCAAAGAACAAGUAACUGAACAAAUACUAGAAGAUGCGGAUGAUGAAUACAUUCCGGAUUCUACAGUUACGGCUAAUAUUGAUGUUAAAAUUGGUGCAUACGAAAAAACUCUUUUAGAAACAGAACCUGCUGAUACCAAAGGAUCAGUAAUAGAAAAAUUGCAAGAUGCAGAACAGAAACCACAAGAACUCUUAUCACCACUUGAAAUUUCAAAAGGAUUCAUUGAUCGUGAAAAGGAACAUACCGUUUCUACGGUAACGUUAUCUACAAAUCAACUCACAACAAAAGAAGACAUCAAAGAAAUAACAACUCAACCUGAACCAGAUGUAGAAAAACAAACUAAAGUUCCUGAAAGCAAAGAAAAUGUAUCUCCCACUUCAACUGACUUAGAUACUGGAAUUACUACCAUUGUUCAAGAGGUGAGAAAUGUGGAUGUCCCUGACACAGCGAAAACAAGAGAUUUAUGUGUUACAGACGACUUAACAUCUAGCAAAAUCAAUUUCGACUCAGAUGUAAGCACAAAAGAACAGGAUAUUUUAAGUAAAACUGAAUCUGUUACACAAGUUAUAACUAAGACAAGUGAUUCUGAAGUUCAUGAAGUAGUUCCACAAUUUACCGAAGCUGUAAUAUCAACUGCUAAACCAGCAACUUUACCUGAACCCAUAAAGGCUAACGCUGAAGAUAUUAUCAUUCAGGAUAACCAGUUUCCAACCUUUGAUAAAGUGAAAUUAGAGGGAACUCAAAAGAACUCUGUACUUGAUGUUACUAAAAGUUUGAUUGAUAGUGAAACUAGUCAUGAUAUUGCUCUUGAAUCGUCUGAGACCAUCCGUAUAGACAAAGACGUUGAAACUAAACCUGAAGUGGGAGUAUUUAUUCCAGACGAGACUGUCUCCACCACCGAAGCAAGCAUCAUCGACGUUCCUCUAGAGAAUGUUGAACAAGUUCCUGUAAAGGAAAAAGAAUUGACAAUAGAGACACGUAAGCCCGAAAACAAACCAAUAAACAAUGAAUUCAUUAUAUCUGAUGGACAGAGUGAUUUAAAGAAUACUUCCAUUCUUGAUGCAACAAAAUCUUUUCUAGGAAUGGAAUCUGAACAUUCAUCUAUUAAUCUAAAGGUUAGUGAAGUGAAAACUGAGCCACAAAGACAAACUUCCAUUUCUGCCGAUGUAAAUACAGACAAAACAACCAUAAAACAAGGUGUCACCGUGACUCCUACAGAAAUACAAUCUGAUGACAAAUCAAUAAUACUUCCCAAAGAAGAAAUCAGAGAUGUCGAAGAAAUACUUUCUCCAGUCGAGCAGAAAGAAAGUGAAAAGGUCGAUUUACCGGGACAAGAUGUUACGCAUUCGUUUGUCGAGAAAAAUAUUUUGAUAUCUAAAACCGAGGACACCGUUCCAAUAAUAAAAUCAGAAGACUUAAUAUCUCCAAAAGACGAAAUAGAAGUGUUUAGUAAAGAGUUACAUGAAAAUAUUCCUACACAAGUACCUUCAAUCAGUGAAGAUAGUCCUAUCAUUUCAGAAAAAGAUGACAAAAAUAUAAUAAAAGAUAAGAAAGAACACGAAGCCACUACUGGAACAGAAAAAGACAUGGAAUCCGUGGGUUGUCAGAUGCAAGAACAAGAUGGUAAUAUAAAAUGUAUUAAAAUAAUUAAACAAAAAGUACUAAUUGGUGAUCAAGAACACACCAUUGAAGAAAUCGUUGAAGCACCAACUGAUGCCUCUCUACCUAAAUCUGGUUUUACUACUCAAAUUGAUCUAUCUAUUAGCAAAACUGGAAUUCAAGAAAAAGAACUAAGUGAAACAUUAAAUAUUGAUUCAAAACCAGUAGUGUCUCCGACAGGCACAUUAGGUGUUGGGAAUACCAUUGAUUUUAUUAUGAGUGAAGCUGCUCAUACUUCUCAACUACUACAUUCUCUAAAAGAUUUAUCAGAUAAACCACAAACGAUUGAAAAACUUAAAAAAGACGUCGAUCGUUCAACAAAAUCGGUUGUAAGUGCACCUGAACAAAUCCAAAUUGUCGAUCAGCUACCAAAAUCGGUUGAAAGUGCAACUAAAGAAUUCAAAAUAGUCGAUCUUUCAUCAAAAUCAGUUGAAAGUGAACCCGAACAAAUACAAAUUGUCGAUCAUUCAUCAAAACUUAUCGAUAGUGUACCUGAACAAAUCCGAACUGAAGUGUCUCGAAAGUGUGAAUCGAAAGAUACAACUGAUUCAAUUGAAAAAUACUCUGAUGAAUCAAAUGAGGUUAAAGUACCAGAGCCAGACACCAUUGGAGUUUCAACAGUAAAAUCUGGAUUGGAAAAAGUUGAAACACAAAUAUUAAGUCAUAUGACAGUUGAUGCUGGUAUCACGCAGACAACGGUUGAUGUUACUCCAAUACAUACAGAAUCUCCAAUGACUGAAGUUGACAUAGCUGUUCAGCCUGCGAGUUCAGAAAUAUCAUACAUAACGCAAUUCCAACCUCAACAAACAACACGUGACGAACCGCAGCAAACAACGCUUGACGAACCUUCAGAAAUUACCAUAAUCAAGACACCAGCUGCCGAUUCAAGAGCUGAAAUUACAAAAUUCAUAGAUUUAGAACGACAUGAUACACAUAUACGCGACUUGAUGCUAACUGGACCGGAAGAUAAAGCGAUACAAGCCAAUGUGCCAAAAGAUGAUAUACAUCUGAGUACUGCGCAAACAGUUGAUGUUUUUAUGUCUAUUGAAAAGUCUGAUAGUAUUAACAAAACCUUACCUAGUUUACAAUUAGAUCUCAAAGUUGAAAAUUCAGACCAGGAGAUUCCGUCAAUAGUCAAGAAAGAUGUAGAUGUAAUUCUUCCAGCAGAUGUGAAGAUCACUAGAGAACCAACUAUACAACAAUUUGUAGAGACAGAACCUGUUCCAGAAACUUUAGCGCAUCCAAAGACAAGAGAAACACCGGAGGAGAAAGAUAAAGUUAAGAAGAAACCUAAAAAGAAUAAGAAACAAAAACGUACAUCAGAAUGCAGUGAAUCUAUUGAAAUACAUACAGAAACAGACCGGACUAUUAAUGAUACAGAAAGUUCAUCUCUGGGGCAUUAUGUCGAGCUCCCCGUCUCACCUCAUCUUGAUUCUCCAAAGCCCACUGAGAGUGUCAUACAAACAAGCAUUUCACAUCAAGAAGAUUUCAAGACUUCUCCUAUUUCGAUAGUAUCGGUUACAGAAGAUAAAGGAUAUGAGCCUGAAGAUAUAUCUUUGUGCCCAACACCUUCGCCAGAUAAAAGGAAACGAGGCAAAAGACGUAAACCCCAGGUAAUCAGUGAACUGACAACAUACCCUAAACAACAAACUACAGAAGAAGCUUCAUUAAUAUCUUCCUCGGUCGAUACCGAUGAGGAUCUAAGACAAGUAAAAGAUAUGGAAAGUCAAGAAAAGGGUGGAAAAGACUCGGUGGAAGGUCCGAACCCAGAGGAACCAAAGCGUUCGGAGAAACCUGAAUUAAGUGAAAUAAUAAGUUCUGAGACUAUUUCUAAUUCGCCGAAGGAAGAAUCGUGCCAUACUAUUAGCGAUGUAUCAGAUGUUAGCACCGUUAAGAUUGUAGAAGAAUGCGUAACUGGCAGUCCUGAAAUGGUACACGAUAAGAUUUCAACAACUGUUACUUAUCCAGUACCAGUCGUCGAAGAAAUUCUUACUCAAGAAUAUUCUGUGCAAACAUCGCCUGAAACUUUACCCGAUCUCGAAGUGCCGGACACUGAAAAAAUAGUUGUCUUGCCUCCAGUUGAAACAGCAGAUACUAAUCUACAAACUUCGCCUACACCAGUUGACGAAGUCUUUGUGCAGACUUUACCUAAAGAAGAUAAAGAAGUUCAUACUCAAACAAUUUCUAUAGAUACACUAAAUGUACAAGAUUCUGAGAUUCAGACAAGUAGAAUCAACACUCCCGAGGUUAUAACGCAGUCGGAGGCUAUGACUCAAGUGAUUCCACAUGACGUUAGCUAUUUAGAAGAAAAAAAUUUACAAACAUCACCUAUAACAGAAUUACAAGAGGAUGUUGACGUCUCAGAAGUAUCACCAAUUGACGUUGAAUCUAUUGAAAUUCAGACUUCCCCUUGGCCUCAAAUACAAAAAGAUGAAAAAGGUACUGAAACUACUAUCGAAACUGUAGACACAAACGUUCAAACUUUACAUCAUGAGAUUGUUGACCAAGAAACAUCCACGAGCCCUGAAAAAAUGGCAGAUUUAAUAGAGAGCAGUGUCCAAACUCCAAGUGUUAUAACAAUUAGUAAGUUUACUCAAUCUGAAGAAGCAUCGCCUAUCGAGCAAGAACAUCCAGACGUUAGAACGGAUGAAGAAUUCACAACUCUCCCUCUUGAUAACAAGGAACAAAAGACUGUAACAGUAGAUUAUUCGCAACAAACUUCUCCAACACUUAUGGAAACCCUUGGUCAUCAGUCUCCAAUCCCGAUUGAAAAUAUCGUUAAAGUUGACAACGGUCAACAAACUUCACCUCGAGUAGCAGAAGUAACGUACAUUUCUGAUAAAGUAGAUACAAUUUCAUCAGAUAAAACACAACAAACAACGCCAAGAGAUUACCCCGAAGAUGUAAUUCCUGACUUGAAAAAAGAUGUAAGCACUACUGAUCGUGUCCAACAAACAUCUCCUCGUAUGUAUUCUGAUGAUUCAAUUUCAACUUCUACUGACGAACCUUAUGAAAUCCAUCUCCGAGCGCAAAUCUCGAUUCCGCAAGCUACAGAUGAUUUUAUCAAUAAUGAACGUCAAAUUCAAGAAGCACCUCAAUCAAUAUCUGGGGAUAGGUCGAAGCCGAAAAAGAGAAGACACAAAAAGAAAAAUGAAACAUCCUUGCAUUCACCUGGAAGUCUCUCUGAUCCCAUUAACGCAGAACUUUCAAUUUCGGUAACACCAACUAGUGAAGAUUUAUCUAGUAGAGAAACAACUUCGAUUGAUGAAGGAAUAUCUCAAAUUACGAGUCCAGUUGAACAUCCAGGUCAACAGUUUGUUGCUCAACCAAAACUCACUUAUUCGGAUGUUGUGCAAAGAUCAAAAUCUAAAUCGCCUUCACCAAGCAAAACGAUUCUUCCGCUUAUAAAAUCGGAGAAAGCUCGCUUAAUUAAUUCUCUCGAAAAAAGGACACAAUCUAUGGUUGAACCACAGAAAACUAUUUCAGAAGAUUCGUUGGCCGUAGCCUUAAUCGAACCUUCAAUGGAAAAAUCUUAUGAUCUUAUUAUUAACAAAGAGUUAAAUGAUUUAAAAACAGCGGUUGAACUAAGAGAUAAUACGAAGACGGAAAAAAGCGUACUUAUUGUUAUCGAAACUAUUUCAAUUUGGUUGGAGGAAAUUCAAUACAAAAUACAGAUAGAAUCUGUUACUCAAACUAAAGUUAGCGACAAAAGUGAACGCCUCAAAGAGCUUCAGAACCAUGUCAACAAUCUUAAAGAAAUUUUAUACGUUACUGAAGUAAACGAGGAAAUUAUUACACUAAUAGAGACGUUGACGCUUCAAGUUGAAGCAGUCAAAAACUUAAGUAGUAAUAGUUCGGUAAAAGUAAAGGAAGUAGAAAACGAGUGGGGUAAAUUUUUGGAAGACACCGAAAUGUUAAGUCUAUCCAUUGAACGGGUAAAGAUGCGACUGGACGAUAUGAUAAUUUUAGAACUAUCCGUUCAACAGAAACUUGAAGAACUGGAUAAUGUCGAAUUAGAAAACAUCGAAAAUACAGACACGGUUAGAAAGUUGUUCCGAAGAUUCCGCAGUAUUGUUGAAGUUAAUCCUAAACGGGAAUGUCCUUUAAAAUUGUACACUUGCGACGAAGACACCAAACAGAUCGAAAACUCUAUUAAUACCGAGAGAGAUCGACUUAUGCAGUUGAUGUCGUUGGCGGAAGAAUAUGAACAAACAUUACAAGACUUCGGUCACAUAACGGAUGUAGCGGAGGCUCUACUGGACGGAAAGAUAAUUGUAUCAAACUUGGAACAUCUCCACGAAGAAAUUCAAAAGCACAGGAAAUUCUUCGUUAAUUUAAGUCACUGCCGAGCAAUACUCGAGUCCUUAGAAGAUAAUUUGGACAGUGAAACCAGAGCUAAAUUCUCGUCACUACAUAACUCCCUUCAUGACAGAGCGACCAAAAUAAUAGAUAGAGCCGCCGGGCGCGCACAACAGAUGACCCUAGCCGCCUCUCGUUGGAGCGUGUUGGACCACGGUAUGAAAGACGAGCAACAGUGGUUACGCGUUGCUCAUCAAAGAAUCCCGGACCUCACCAACGUUACGUCUAUGGAUCACGAGCAGUAUAUCAACCUAUACCAGUCCAUCAGCCUCGAUGUCUCUCACCAUUAUGCUAAAAUGUUACGGCUACUUUCCAUAACUGAGAGCUUACAAAAUCUCAUCGUUUGCUCCGGAUUGGAGACCGAAUGUUCGACAGCGCUCAACACCUUAUUAACACUACAAGACGGUAUCGACUCGAGAUUAACUAGGCUGAGGGCCUUUAAAGAAAAUUGGAUGGCAUACGAACAUCUCAUAAACAGAGUCGAAAGUUGGAUGUCACUCGCCAACAGAGAAUUAGAAAACAUAACUCCUGAUAACAUUACAACGACUGCAAACUUAAGACGAUUCUGGGAAUUGAAAGCUCAACAUGAAGUACAUCUCAACCUGAAAAAUGAAUCCGGCGUUCAGUUCGAGAAGGCCCUAGAAAUAUUGCCGAUAUCUGACGAGAUGGUGCAACGACAAUUCUUCAUGAAAAUAGAAGAUAAAUGGCGGGAACUAUCCACCAGCAUCGGCGACCUGCACGCGACCGCCAUACAAAAUAUAUCGGAUCGCGACGUGUCAUCGGGCGAGAAAAUCCACAUUCUCGAGGAAGAAUUAAGAGAACUGCGGGCAUCGCUGGACGGUCUGAAGGGCGUCAUCAAGAGCGAGGACGAACUCAAUUUAUACAUAGAGAGGCUGCAGGUGAUGACGGGCCGCAUCGACAGGAUCCAGAACGAGCUGGGCCGGCUGAGUUUGCUACCCAGCGCGGAGUCUGACCGGGUUGGCGUGCUGCUGGGCCAGUCGGGCACAUUGGACGAUCAGAUAGCGGAGGAACUGGAGAGGAGCAUGAUACUGAAGGAGAAGAUAGUCCAAGUGCAGGCAGGCAUCUUGCGGUGCCAGAAGAACCAGCAGCGCGCGCGGCUCACGCUCGAGGAGUGCCAGGCGGCGGAGCGGCUCGGCAGCGAUGUUGUCGAACGCGCCUCGGAGACCUGCCGUCGGCUGCUCGACGACCUGGUGGCCCAGUGGCGCGACAUCCUCGCCCUGAGGCAGACGCUGCAUACCCUGCCCAUAAGUCUGCGUGUGACCGUGUCGCCGACGGGCGUCGAGAGAGAUAUAUCAGCAUUACAAGAGACGCACGCGGAGCUGGAGGCGGCGUGCAACGAGCUGUGCCUGCGGCUGCGGGCGCGUGCGGCGCUAUGGCGGCGUUUCGAGCGGCAGCUGGAGCUGGUGCAAGGCGCCGUGCGCGAGGCCGACUACAUGGCCGAGCUGCUCACCGUGCAGGGCCAGGUCGACUACGACCGGCUGCUUAAGGCUACCGAGAAACUUGAGACGCUGAGCGAGUCGCUGUCGCGGCGCAGCGGGGAGCUGGUGGGCGAGCUGCGCGAGGCGGCGGCACCGCUGGAGGCCGGAGCGGAGCCCGCGGUGGCGGCGCAGCUGCGACGCGACAUGGACGACGCGGCCGCCGCUUACGAGCAUACGUGCGCUAACCUCGCGCAGAUGUGCGACAAAUAUCAGAAAGCAGUGGAGCUGUGGCGGAGGUACCGGGACGCGGCGAGCGCGGUGCGCGCCUUCGCGGAGUCCCAGGAGGGCCGGCUGCACGCGCUGCGCCCGACAGACGCGCCCAAAGCCGCACAGGCAUGUUUAGAGCAAGAGGCGCGCGUGGCGGAGCUGCGCUCGCUGGCGGCUCGCGUGGCGGCGGAGACGGGUUCGCGCGCGCUUCAGGCUGACGCUGACGCGCUGGCACGCCGCCUACAGCUGGUGGCUGGUGCUGUGCGCGCCCUCGCGGACCUCGGAGAAGCGCGGGACCUCGCGCGUGCUAAAGCACAUCACGCUAAGGAUACAUUCUGCAAUAUGAGACAGGAUUUGGCUCCGGUGAAUGAGGAAAGUGAAAUAGUAGAAGAUAAAUUGAUUGCCUUGCGCGAUAAUUUAAUCGCCCUCGGCAAAAGCGAAGCUGACAUCGCGCCCGCUAAAGCGGAGCUGCCCGACAUCGAUCGGGACGUUUCCGAGGAGCACUCUAUAGUCAGGAUACUGGAACUAUGGCAGGCCAUGUUCCGGGACACCUUCCUGCACUACCACCGGCUGUCCACUGCACUGGUCAGGUCGGGAGACGCCGCCACAGCGCUCAAACUGUGGCACGAGUAUCUAUUAGACUUACAAUCGUUCCUUUCCGGAUCUGUACCUGCGGACUACGAGAACUUGACGGAACACCGCCGUCUGUGCCGUGUACAUAGAAAUCUAUUGGCCUCACAGAGAUCUGUAUUAAUUAAUGAGAAUAAGGAGACAACGAACAGAGAAUUGGCAGACAAGUUCGACACGUUGACGAACCUACACAACGAGACGCUGGCCCGGAUAGUGGAGCGACACGACGAAGUCUGUACUCGCAUAGCUGCCUGGGAUGACUACAGAGAAAUAUACACCGAGCUGCUGAGAUGGCUGAAAGAAAUCGAGAGAGAAAAAGAGAAGCUGCAGCUCAGAUACGUCCACAUAAAGAGAGUCAACAAAAUACUGUCGAAAAUACAAAAUCUCAGCGACAAAUUACCCGAAGGCAGGAAGUUUGCGGACAAAUUGUCGGUGUACCUCAGGAGAGUUCUAGUCUUCACGGAUGACACGUAUGGAGCUUCGGUGAGAAUGGAGUACGCCGGAAUAGUAAAACGAGUUGACAACUUACAGGCUAGUCUUGACACGUGGCGUGACUUCUUGACUCGAAUACUGGGACUGAUCGGGGAGUACGAGAAUUUGACCGGGGAAUUACAUAAACUUUACUCGAGGACGCAGGACGAAAUCAUGACGUACUCUGACGACGAUCGCCUCUCGCGGCCGCAGAUCAAAAAAGCGAUCGAGAAAUAUUCGGAAACGAGAAAGAAAAUAGAUAAGACUGAAAACCAAAUAGAAGCUCUGAGCGUCAUUCAGGAACAACUGAAGGAGUGCCUCAGUCCCCAGGACAUACGCAUCGUCAACCAAAAAGUGUGGCAGAUGCGACAGCAGCGGGCGGACUUGGAGCAUCAGCUCUCCAUCAUAAUACACAGGCUGCAGGAGAGGCUGGAGAUCUACACGAUAUUCACCUCGAGGAUAACAAGAUUCUCGGAGUGGAUGACGGCCCUCGAAUCCCGCCUUGACACCUCCAACACCGAAGUUAACGCUCUGGACCCUCAGGAUCUUAUUAGGAAAAUCAACUCUGACAUUCAGACCGAGACGGCUCUAAAGGAACGAGAAUUCGAAUGGCUCACUGAAACCGGCACCACCUUAGUCGACUUGUCUAAGAAAGACGAGAAAUCGUUCAGCAAAAACAUCUCCAAACAACUGAAGGACGUUCUGGAGCGGUGGCAAAGACUGCAGGAGACGGGCCGCAGCAGGAUCGCCAAAAUAAACGAGCUGCUGGAGACUAUCGGUCAACUGGAGCAGCGUCUGACAGAAAUAAGACUGAAAUUACACUCGAUAGAAUCUGAGCUGACCGCCACGGUCGUCUUUGAGAGCCUCACCACGAGAGCCGUCGACGAGAAAUUCCAAAAUCGCGAUGAAAUACACAAGAGCAUAGAACACGAGAGCGGCGAAGUCGGCGAAACCCUGAAUCUCUGUGAACUAGUCUUCAACGACCCCGACGCCCUCUCGGGUAACUUCGACCUAAGAAACUUGCGGACCGGAGUCGACAUCGUGGACAAGAAGUGGAAGAACAUUUGCGAGAUGUCCGAGCGGCGGAAGAUCGCCCUCAAGGAGAUCCGAAAGUGCGCGGAGCUGGCGAACUCGCUGCUGCCCAAGGUGGAGAAAAAAUUGGACGGAAUAGAGAGGAGAGUGGAGAAAGUCGAAAUAAGGAAACAGCGCGGCGACGUCGACGAUGACAGCGUGUCGAAGGCCGCGCUAAAGGACCUGGACGCUCUCGAGGAGGACGUGAAGAGACUGGAAGACACGUACAGUCGGAUCCAGUCGAGUCGCGGGGUAGAGAUGCGCGGUGCGGCGGGCGAGCACGCGGCGCGGCUGCGGGCGGCCGCACGGCGCUGGCGGCAGCUGCGCGCGCGCAUCGCCGCCGCCGGCACCGACCUGCAGCGACAGUUCGUGGCCGCGCACGGCAGCGCCGUCGUCGCCCUGGCCGAGGCCGACGUGCGGCUCACCAGGGCGCUGCAUCUCGCGCCCACGCCCACGGACCGCGACGCCACUCUCAAGGAAUUAGACGGUGUUGAAGCAGAGAUCGGCGAGUGCAGGGCGCUGGUGGCGGAGGCCGACCGACUGGAGGCCGCACUGGCGGGCGCCGGGGGCUCCGCGGCGCUGGCCGCCGAGUAUCGCGCGCUGCUGCAGGACGUCACCACGAGACUCCACCUCGCCAGGAGCUCCCUGCUCGCCGGCGCAGAUGUGGACAGCGCCGUGCAGGUGGACACGCUGACGUGGGAGACGGACGCGGCGCUGCAGGUGGACACCCUCACCUCCAAGGAGACGUACAGCGUGGAGCUGGCGGCCGCAGUCAGGGAGACCUCGGAUGCCCUGGAGGCGCUGCGGACAGCGCUGCAGUACGAGCUGAAGGAGGACGCCGGCGGCGAGGAGAUGGCCACCGCGGCGAAGGAGAUCGCCAAAGCCGGUGCCAAGCCUGGACAGACGCUAGAGUUGGCCAAACAUUUGUCAGAACUGUUGCUCACCGAGUGCGACGCGACGGAAGACGAGGCGAUGCUCAAAGAAGUGGAGUCCUUGUCUCUGAGAUACGAAGAUUUGCUGACGCAGGCGAAGAAGCGGGAGCUGCAGAUCAACAACUUGAGGUUGCCCCACUCUGCGUCAUACGCUCUCACGUGCGAACACGAGUCCGGUCGGCUGACGUGUCCGCUGUGUUCGGACCGCAACUGGAAGCAGCUGGACAACGAUCUGUGGCGACUGGAACAGUGGCUGCAGUUCGCAGAGGCCACGGACGAGGCGCGCACCGACCCACCGCACAACUACGACGCUCUCGAAGACGCUAUACAGGACCACCGUGAGUUCUUGUUGGACCUGGACUCCCACAAAGCGCUGGUGGUAUCUCUGAAUGUGGUGGGCGCGCACGUGGCGCAGCAUGCGCGCGAGCCUGCUGCUGGGGAGCGAGCACGCGCACGCCUAGCCGCCGCCAACGCGCGCUGGGAUGCCGCGUGCGCGCGCGCAGCCGCCUGGCAGACUCGCCUGCAGCACGCGCUCGUGCACAACCAGCAGUUCCACGACAUCGUGGAGGAGCUGGUGGGCCAGCUGUCGGAGGCGGAGGGGUGCGUGCGGUCGCGCGAGCCGCUGCGACUGCGGCGCGCCCCCGCGGAGCUGCGCGCAGACUUCCGCCGCUUCAGCGAGCUGCGCGACGAGCUGGCGCGAGCUGAGCCGCGCGUGCAGGCGCUGCGGGACGCCGCCGCCCUGCUGCACGGCGCAGACUCGCAGCACGUCUGCCGCAGACUGGGCGAGCUGCGCUUGCGGCUGCAGUCUCUCCGCAAGCUGUCUGCAGUGUACGCGCUGAAGCUGGGCGCGGCGCUGGCCCGGCACCCCGCAGCAGGCCCGCCCCUCGCCGCCGCCGCAGCCGCCGCACUCGCCCCACAGCUAUUGGAGGAGGAGGAGGAGCAGAUGUCCCUCGGCCUGCCGCCCCUCUCCGCCCCACAGGUGCCGGUGUCUGAGGAGAGCGAGGCGCAGUCUCUGGGGCGGGUGCAGCGCGGACUGCGCUUCGUGUGCCGCGUGGCGCGCGCCUCCCUGCCCUUCCAGGCGCUGCUGCUGCUGCUGCUGGGCGCCGCCGCCCUCGCCCCGCACGCCCCCGACUCACCCCACGCCUGCGGGCCCGCCCUCGCCCUCGACCCCGUGCUCAGGUACCCGGACGGACCUCCGCCGCUCUGAGCACUACCAACUACGACCCCCAAUAUUACUUUCUAACUUAACAAUUCAAAUGUGACACUUGCAUAGGAUAAUAUUGCUAUCCUUGUCUUUUUCAUAGAGAAUGAUAGAGAUGGCAAUAUUUUCUUAUAACAGGAUGUUUCCUGUAAUAAUUUUGUAUAAUAACAUCAGAUGAGACAUGUACGUAUUAGUAUUCUUUGUACAUUCCUUGAUUUGAAACGCUGACGUCACACGCUGAGGUCCACACCCUCUUGGACCUCGAGUACAUCUGAGACGGCUCAUGUAAUCCAUCCCUUGUAACCCUCGCCGUGACAGUGUACGGAUGUGACGUCAGCGACAAGUGUGCGCCGCACGUGACAGUGUGUGACUGCACGUGACUGCACGUGACAGCACGUGACUGCACGUGACGGCGGGUGACAGUGACAUUCCAGAGAGAGAUGGCGGCGGGCGUGAUGGCCGCAUGUCUGUAAAUACCAAGGUUUUUGUAUAUUUGUUACGAAUUUGAUAGGAAAGUAAGAGACGUCGCUCGCCCGCGCCAUCUGCACACGCAUAUUUAUAAAAUGAUAUAUAUAUUUAUUAUUAUUUAUGAUAUAAACAUUGUAUUUAAAAACAUGGCGCCGCACAAAUCAUAACGACGGCUUUCUCUAUUCGCAUCCGCGUUGUUACUUAACUAUUAGUUAGUAAGGACUUGUUUACAAUAAACUCGAGAUAAUAAAGCCUUGCAUUGAUU